UCAGAUGCCACAGAAAGACUGGACAAGGACUUUCAUGAGCAAAGAGCCACUGUUAUCUUCAGUACUGUACGUGCUUUAUGUUUUGCUUUGUAAUCCAGCUCUUGAGUGAACCAGAUAAACAGGAUUGUUGGCCGGGUGAUUUCAAAGUUUGAUUAAGCUAGUCCAGGGAAAGCUGUUGUAACAUAAUUAUAUUGUACGUAAUUCUUUCAUUUCACAGUUACUUCGCCAUCAAGUGUACCACUUCUGGGAGUAGAAAUUUAUCAAUCUCACUUUUUCCAACAAAACAACUACAACAACAACAAUAAAAACUAUAAAAAAGGUACAAAAUAAAAUGCAACAUAGGAGAGCAAAAUUCCAAAAUAAAUUAAAUCAGGUACAGUUGUACAGCUUGAUCAACAUUAUUGAAUUGAGCCCAGGAUCAUCAGAUAUUAUUAUUAGUGAGAAAGUCGCAGAAUAUGAUCAUCCAAUUGAGUGUUGUCCUAAACAGCUACAGCUGUUCGUGAUUCAGUGACUGGCACGCCAAAAGUGUGUAAAAGGAAUCAACAGGGUUGAACAAAAUGUUUUAUGAUUGACUUCAAGAUUUUUAUGACCAAGCAAAUAAAAUCAUUAUUUUUAAGAGAUGCAUUCAGCAUUUCUGUUGAACUUUGUAUGAAUCAGACAUUUUACAUCAAAUAAAUGCUUACAAUCACCAGUUUUACAAUUCUAUGGCUGCAGGGAAUCACAAUACAAAGACAGCUGAAACGCAUUGAAAUCUUUUUGGUUUCAAGAACAGAAAUAAUGUGAUUGAUUUGAUUGAAAAUUCCAAGAGACAUGCACCUGUUGGUGAAGUUAACUUAUGAUCAGAAAACUUAAAUGCAAAAACCGUGGUCGUUAUUAGUUUUCUCCUGGAUUAGCAUUGACCGGCUUUGUUCAACUGUGUCACAACAUUUAAAAGCCAAGUUCUGCUGAUAUAGUAAUAAUAGUAUAAAUAAUAAUUAUAAUAAUAAUAUUAUUAUAAUUAUUAUAUUACUUACUAUUAUAAUAAUUAUUAUAAUAUAAUAAUAAUUAUUAUAAGGUUGUUAUAGUACAGUACUUGUUAGUGCAGAUAUGCAAUCCAUAUUGUACCCUUGAAAUUUCUUGCCACAUGGAUGACCACUAUAACUGAGAUAACUGAAUGACUGGGAUGACUGAGUUGAGAAAGAUGACUGGGAUUUUUUGGGAUUACUAACAUGAUGGGGAUGACUAGGAUGACUGAAAUGACUUGUGUGACUAGGAUGACUGGGAUCACGAGGAUGACUGGGAUCACUAUGACAACUUGAAUGGCUGCUGACUUUGAUGACUGAAAUGACUGGGAUUUUGGGGAUUACUAACAUGACUGGCAUGGAAUGACUAGGAUGACUGGAAUGACUAGGCUAACUGAAAUGACUAAGAUGACUAAGAAAACUAGGGUGACUGGGCUGACUUGGAUGACUGGUUGACUGGGAUGACUGGGAUCACUAGGAUGACUGGGACAACUAGGAUGACUGGGAUGACUAGGGUGACUGGGAUGACAGGGACUAUAGCAUGACUGGGAUGACAUGGAUUACUAGGAUGACUGGAAUGACUAGGAUGACUUGGAUGACUAGGAUCACUGGGACUACUAAAUUAACUAGGGUCACGCGUCGGCUACUUAGCUCAUACAAGUCGGUUACUUUUUAUCUAGAAAGAAGAAGGAACUAGUUCGAACAACUUUGUGAACAAAAAUAUAUAUCGUAAAAUCUGAAUGAAAACGUAAUAAUUAUGAUGUGUUUUCAUAAAGGCCCACUGGUUUUGUUCUGCUUUAGUCAUGUAAACACUGUAUUUCAGUCAGUUUUUCACAAAUUUCUUUAUACGUGUAGGUUUACGCAGAAUUUGUUAACGUGCAAAAGUGCGUAAUUUAGUUUUCAUCAUUUGUCCAUUGCUUGUAGGAAUUGAUUGUGACUGAUAAAUCAAAAGUUGAAUGAAAGCUACAUUUUCUUGAAUGAAACACACUCCCCUUUGUCCUCAACUUAGUCCCCAGAACGCUGAAAAUCGCAUUUUAAGCACGUCCCCAGACAUCGCCCCCCCUCCCCUUGAAAAAGGGGACUAAGGGUCCCCUUUUGAUACAGUCGGUUACUCUAUUCAAACCUGCUGGGUACCUCAAUUUUUAUUGAAACCCCUGAAGAUGACUUUGUUGACUGCUGUUACUGGGAUGAAUAAGAUGACUGGGAUGACACUACUGACUGGGAUGACUGAGAUGACUGAGAUUUUUGGGAUUACCAACAUGACUGGGAUAACUAGAAUGACUACCAUCACUAGGAUGACUAGGAUGACUGGGAUGACUUGGGUGACUGGAAUGACUGGGAUCACUAAGAUGACUGGGACAACUGUGAUGACUAGGGUGACUGGGAUGACUAGGAUGACUGUGAUGACUAGGAUGACUGUGAUGACUAGGGUGAGUGGGAUGACUAACUUAGAUGACUGGGAUGACUGGGAUGACUGGAAUCACUAGGAUGACUGUAAUAACUGGGAUGACUAGGUUGACUAGGACAAAUGGAAUGACUGGGAUCACUAAGACUGGGAUAACUUUGAUGACUAGGGUGACUGGGAUGACUGUGAUGACUAGGGUGACUGGGAUGACUGAGAUCACUCAGAUGACUGGGAUGACUAGGAUGACUAGGGUGACUAAGAUGACUGGGAUGACUUGGAUGACUUGGGUGACUACAAUAACGGGGAUGAGUGGAAUGACUGGAAUGACUGGGAUGACUAUGUUGACUAGGGUGACUUGGAUGAAUGGGAUAACUUUGAUGACUAGGGUGACUGGGAUGACUGUUAUAACUAGGGUGAGUGGGAUGACUGAGAUCACUUAGAUGACUGGGAUGACUAGGAUGACUGGGAUGACUGGGACUACUGGAAUGACGAGGAUGACUGGAAUGACUGGGAUCACUAAGAUGACAUAGGAUGACUGUGAUGACUAGGGUGAGUGGGAUGAUUCAUCCUCGGAGACCCAGGGGCAGUCAGUCGGGUCGGGAGAAAAGGCGACACGAAAGUUUUCAAGUGAGGGCGGAAGAGCCCCUGGGUACCCACUCUCACCAGACCAUUUCCAAAGAUUCAAGCGGAUGCCGGCUCCUGAUUGGGCACAAAAAAUGCUUUGUAUUAUUGUGCCCAAUCAGCGAACACAUCUCCUGAGUUCCUUUCGUGCGUUUGUACACGAAGGCUAUUGUCUCGAUCACGGCUUGUCUGGAUCAUGUACCAAAGAAAUGCAGGCGGUCAGGAAACUUUCACUUUGAUAUAAAAUCUCCAUCUGAUCUCAUAAUACUGUCUGCCCGAAAACUAAAGACGCUUUUCGAAAAAUACAAGCUGCAGCGUACAACAUGUAUUCACGCUUGCAUCGGCCACGUCUUGCGUGAGUAUAUUUACAGAAAGAUUAUGAAAGAUACCAUGACGGCUGACAGCCACGAAAACAUCGCACGGAAAAGUGAAUUCAUAUUUUUUUCAGUCUCUAUCGUGAUUAUUCCAACUCGCCUACUUUGUCGAAUGCAAGCGAACUUGUCUGGAGCUGAAUUUAUCAACCAUAUCCAAGUUCAUGAAGAGAAUGAAUUUUGUCAUUGCUUGUUUACGUCCUUUACAAAACGCGAAAUUAGGCAUUUUCACGGGUAGUCGUGACGUUGACGGCAAAGAAAUGUACAAAAAAGCGUGAUGCACGUGCAAAGUUGUUGUUCUGCCUUGUCAAGCUAUGGCUUAUUUGACUUUCUGUUGCCGGCAAAUCCUGUUAUUUAAGAUACAUUGUGAUCCGUCAAAAACAAUAUUCUCGGGGCAAAUUCAAUUGCUUCUGCUGAUAGCAUCCCAAACGUUUCUUCGACUCAUCGGUAGUUCCUUCGUUUCUAGUUAGGAGAGUAGAAAGUAAAAGUUUCCCUUGCAUGCACAAGCUUGGUGAACGAACCAGGCAAAUGUGGCGAGACAAUAGCCAUCGUGUACGAACUCACGAAAAGAACUCGGGAGAAACUGUUUGCCGAUUGACACAAUAAUACAAAGCAUUUUUUGUGCCCAAUCGGGAGCCGUCAUCCGCUUGAAUUUCUGGAAAUAGUGCGGUGAGAGUCGGUACCCAGGGGCUCUUUCACCCGUAAUUGAAAUCUUUCGUCCUGCCUUUUCUCCCGACCUGACUGACUGCCCCUGGGUCUCCGAGGAUGGGAAUGACUGAGAUCACUUAGAUGACUGGGAUGGCUGGAAUAACUAGGAUGACUACGGUGACUAGGAUGACUGGGAUGACUAGGGUCACUGGAAUGACUGGGAUCACUAAGAUGACUAGGAUGACUGUGAUGAGUAGGGUGACUGGGAUGACUAGGGUGACUGGGAUGACUGAGAUCACUUAGAUGACUGGGAUGACUGGGAUGACUAGGAUGACUGAAAUAACUGGGAUGACUAGGUUGACUAGGAUGAAUGGAAUGACUGGGAUCACUAAGAUGACUGGAAUGACUGGGAUGACUAGGGUACCUGGGAUGACCAGGGUGACUGGGAUAACUUUGAUGAUUAGGGUGACUGCGAUGACUGUCAUGACUAGUGUGAGUGGGAUGACUGAGAUCACUCAAAUCACUGGGAUGACUACAAUGACUAGGGUGACUGGGAUGACUAGGAUGACUUGGGUGACUACAAUAACUGGGAUGAGUGGAACGACUGGAAUGACUGAGGUGACUGGGAUGACAAGGAUGACUGGGAUUUAUGAGAGUACAAACAUGACUGGAAUGACUAAGAUGACUGGGAUGACUAGGGUGACUAGGAUGACUGGGAUAACUUUGAUGACUAGGGUGACUGGGAUGACUGUGAUGACUAGGGUGAGUGGGAUGACUGAGAUCACUCAGAUGACUGGGAUGACUAGGGUGACUGAGAUGACUGGGAUGACUAGGAUGACUUGGGUGACUACAAUAACUGGGAUGAGUGGAAUGACUGGAAUGACUGAGAUGACUGGGAUUUGUGGGAGUACAAACAUGACUGGAAUGACUAAGAUGACUGGGACGACUAGGGCAACUAGAGUGGGUGGGAUGACUUGGAUGACUGGCAUCACUAGGAUGACUGGGAUGACCAGGUGAUUUCAAAGUUUGAUUAAGCUAAUCCAGGGAAAGCUGUUGUAAUAUAUAUAUUGGACCAAAUUCUUACAUUUCACAGUUAUUUCACCAUCAAGUGUACCACUUUUGGGAGUAGACAUUUAUGAAUCUUACUUUUUCCAGUAAUAAAACAACGAUAACAACGGUAAAAACUUAAAAAAGCGUACAAAAUACAAUGAAACAUAAAAGAGCAAAAUUCCAAAAUAAAUUAAAUCAAGUACCGUUGUACAGCUCAGUCAACAUUAUUAUGGUGCAAAUAAAGUAACUGAACGCAGAAUCAUCUUAUUGAGUGUUGUCCUGAACAGCUACAGCUGUUGGUGAUUUAGUGACUGGCACGUCAAAAGUGUAUAACGAAAAUCAGCAGGGUCGAACAAAUAUUUUAUGAUUGACUUCUGAAUAAAUGAUAUUAGUUAUUCAAGACCAAGCAAAUAAAAACAUUAUUUUUAAGGGAUGCAUUCAGUAUUUCUGUUGAUUUUGUAUGAAUUAGACAUUUUACAUUGAAUAAAUGCGUGCAAUAGCCAGUUUUAUGUUUGCAGGGAAUCACAAUACAAAGACAGCUGAAACGCAUUGAAAUCUUUUUGGUUUCAAGAACAAAAAUAAUUUGAUUGAUUUGAUUGAAAAUUCUAAGAGACAUGUACCUGUUGGUGAAGUGCUCAUGAUCAGAAAACUUAAAUGCAAAAACCGUGGUCAUUAUAAGUUUUCUCCUGGAUUAACAUUUAUCGGCUUUAUGGCUAAUAUAACACUACUGACUGAGAUGACUAGGAUGACUGGGAUGACUGGGAUCAUUAGGACGAUUGGAAUGACUGAGAUGACUGGGAUGACUGGGAUGAUUAGGAUGACUAGGGUGACUGGAAUGACUGGAAUGACUGGGAUGACCAGGAUGACUAGGGUGACUGGAAUGACUAGGAUGACUGGGAUGAUUAGGAUGACUGUGAUGACUGGGGUAAGUGGGAUGACUGGGAUCACUCAGAUUACUGGGAUAACUAGGAUGACUGGGAUGACUGGGAUGACUGUAAUGACUGGGAUGAUUGGGAUGACUAGGAUGACUUGGAUGACUGGGAUGACUAGAAUGACUGGAAUGACUGGGAUGACUGGAAAAAAUUUCCAAACUUGUUACUGACUGACUUGUUUGAAUACUGGCCGAACAAGGAUUUGUCAAACUGAAUAACUGAGUGUCUGUUGAUUUUUAUGCUGACUGACCAGAAUCAGUGCAGAACGGUUGACAUUUAACCUAACUGUUUCAAAAGACAGACCGAUGUUUGAACUGACCUGUAUGACAGCAGGAGGAUCUGACCAAUUCACAGUGGCGUUAUUUUGUAUUUGUAUUUUAAUGGUAUAGUUGGUAGACUGCAUAUCUGUGCUGACUCGUUUGUUCGUUUUCUGUGAACUUGAUGAGUGCAUUUCAAAUCUCUUCUUGCUUCAACCAGCAAUUUCCCAACAUGGAAAUAUGUCUUGGGAAUGACUGAAUACACUUCACAUUAAUGAUGUGAAGUGUAGUGCCUCUUGCUGGCUGCUAAUUAUUUCAACAAUUACAAUAGUUAUACAACCAAUCAACCCAUCAGCCAACCUAAGACAUCGUUUGGUGGUGGGGAGGGGGGUGGGGGUGGUAGGAGUGGUGGGAGAAGGGGAGCGUUUGUUCUUAGGUAAAACUGCAGGCGUAGGCAAAUUUGUUGUUUUAAAAUAAAAUGUCUAAAUUGUUAAAUUCACUGCCAUUUUCAUUCCCACUUUCGGGAAAAAUUUAGGCUACACAGUUUUCAUCACAAGAAAAAAGGAUUUGGCAUGAGUGAACUGGAUUAUUCCUUUAAUUUGUUUUAAUUGAUUGUGAAUUUGGAUUGCGUGCCUAAUCUUCAAACCUCUUUGUGGAAAACAGCAACAGGUGCUUUAAGUAUGAAUCUUGUGGCUCUCAUUCUGACAUUCGUUGAAUUAAUUUUGCCAAUAUAAUCAGUGUACUGCUUGCAAAGUGGAAUAAGAAUUACACAACAACAUCAACAACAACAGCAACAAUGAAAUGAUUAAAAUAGAGUCACCACUGAAAAUUUCUGCCGCAGUGUUUUAAAGUACGUUUGACAAGCACUGAGUAAAACUGGGCGUGGAAAAUUUAGUGUGCUUCUGAGGAGGUAAAGUGAGGAGAUUUUGAAAACUUGCACUCAUCUUUUUCAACUCCAGAGUGAUCAACAUGUUAUUUCUCUUUACUUCUUUGAGUAAACUACCAAGCAGGAAGGGUGUUGAAAAUAAACAUAAUUAUCAUGAAAGGGGAGGCUUUGUCUUGAUUAAUUGUCAAAUUCUCAGAACUGAUGGUACAGAAAAUCCGCAGCAGUUAGUAAAGAGAAUAACAUGUUAAAGCUUGGGACUGAAAGUUCACGGUAACCCCUUCAGAUAGGCACUUUGUUUUGCAGUAACAAUGCAAUCCUUAAAUACAUGUGCAAAUUCUUAUUAACAUCAACUCGUAUCAAACUUGGAGUCUUCUUUUUGGCCGUUAUUUUGGCUCGUCACGCAAAGUCGUGAGGCCAAAAAACGGCCGCGAAGAAGAUCACACGCAAGUGAGACAUGGAAUUUAGAGCACAGUGAUGUUUUUUCUGUUAGGUUUUUUUUCUAUGUACAUGUAUUUUGUGGGAUGCCGUUUAACGCAAAACAAACCGCUUACUGAAAAAGUCUGAAAUUUGUUCCCUAUGUUUUUUCAACUUUUGGAGCACAACUGAAUCACAAAUGAAGACGGCAACAACAAUGGCACCUAACAAAAGACUUUAUAUGCACGCUCGCUUUUAUUUUUUUGCACAUUUAUCCGCUUUUGUACGAAAAAAAAUACGAGAAUGUGAUAAUCAGAAGUUCAAGGUUUUGAGAACACAAACAUUUAACCGAAUUACAUCAAAUUCAAAACGCGCGCGUACAAAGUUCAAAUUAAUAGGUAAAUUUAAAAUGCUGAGAAAAUUAAAACAACAGAAAGCUUUCCCAGCUCGCUCGCUUCAUUUAUUCGCUUUUGUAUGCAAGCAACAAGAAAAGUAAUAAUAAAAAAUUCAAGGAUUAGAGACCGAACACAAACAUUUCGCCAUCAAUUAUCAAAUUCAAAACGUGCGCGUUCAAAGUUUAAGUUAAAAGGCAAAUCAAUUAAAAUGCUGAGAAAAGUUAGACAAUAAAUGAUGUUCGCAUAACUGCUAAUUAUUUUUUUCAAGUGCCGAUCUUGCUGCCGUCGCUUUGUUGAUUGCUUAAAGCUUUAUAAUAUGCAAAGCAGAACUUGGCUUAUUGUAAGGCUCGGACAAACAGUAAAACAUUACGCGCAGUAACUCUGCACUGUGUUUCUACUCCCAUAAGUAUUUUUUUUUUUUGCUUUGAAACAUUUCGGUUAAGUUCUUCAGGGGUGGAAAUACAGUGGAAUUUUAAGGCUGGUUUUAACUGGCAGCGUACCACAGACUUAAGUUUAGCGAGGUCAUCAACAACUGAAGUUUAUUAAAAUACAAAACUGAAGGUGUGAGCACAAAGAUUAUUCUUGUUUUCUCGUCGUAAAGGAUUAACACAACACGAGCCGAACACAAUAAAACAAACUUUGUUUUGGUUUAUCUUGCUUGUGCUUAUGUUGUGUUAAUUCGUAGCGCGGCAGAAGAAAUAUAAUAAGUGCGUGGGUUUCCUAAAGUUGUGCUGAUGCUUUUGUUGUUGAUGUCUUUACUAAACUGACGCUUGUGUUCAUGUCGUUAGUAAAAACUAGCCUUCACUGCGCGUAAUGUUUUACUGUGUCUGAGCCUUAAGGGGUUUUAUCUGGUUCACUCAAGUAGUUGGAUUACAAAGUAAACAGCACAGGUACUGAAGAUAACAGUAUUUUAUUGAACGAAUAAAGCUUGUCUCUGUUGUCCAUUUAUUUGCAAUAAAAAAUAUUUAAAAGAAAAUAAUCUAGCCUUCCCCGCCCCUGCCGGGCUGCCUCCACUCUGCUCCGAGUCGGUGUUCAUUCUUCUGUCCUCAUUUGAUAUUCCAACUUUAAAAUCCUGGUCUGUUUUAUCUGAUCCCUUCAUUCAAGCUGGGGGCAGUUGGACACUUAGAAAAUUCAGCCGUUUGUCCCCAAAUGGGGAGGGCAGCGUAAAGGAAAGUGAGAGUUUGCUCCUCAUGCCCACAGGGUCUCAUUCAACUUUGUCACAAUACCACACCGGCCAAAAAUAAUUUUCAGCGAAAAAUAUAAUUUGUUUUAGUUGAAGACGCGUAUCUGCAAAGUCAAUAUAUCGUGAAAAUAUCCAGAGACUCGGACAAGAAAAAAGAGGGUGCUACAGAGUCUAACUCACUUUUCGAAAUGAGUCUCCGUCAGAAACGAAGGCAGAGAAUUGAACAAAGAAUCGCGCUGGUCUGACUGACCUUCAUUUCACAAACUUCACCAAAGAGCACAAGUCAAUAAUAAUCUCUCCUCUGCGAAGCAACUAAUGCUGGACUUCUCUCGCCCUAUUUUAAUGUUUAGUGAUUAGUGUUUAGGUGAAAUAAGAUAUUAUUCUAACGCCGUUUAUUAUCAUUUAUCCUAAAAUGCCGAUGUGCAGCGAUUGAGUUUUGGUCUUAAUGUUUCUUAAUAUCUAAAUUUGCCCGCCCUAUUAUGAAUUAGGAUGCCGUUAUUUAGAAUCAGUGCCGAAUAGAUUUCGCCUUCAAAUUUCGCCAAAGGGAUUAGAUCUAGAGCGACUUUGUAAAUAAAUAUUUCAUUUAAGUUAAAUUUUGGAUCCUUUUACUUCUAAUGAAAAUAACGGACAAAUUUUCGCAUUUCGAAACGGAAAAGGAAAUUACGGAAAUUAGCGGGAAUAUAUAUAUUUUUUUAUCCUAUAAAGUAAAAUUAAAUGUUAGCUGGAAAAACUUGGAUUUGAUUUAAGUCUUAAUUUUAUGCAGCUAGCCGCGAUGAGUAUCCGCAUAAUAAUGAAAAUUUGCCGGAAUAGUAAUUUGAGCCAAUUUCCCUAGAGAUGUUUCAGCUGUCGUGACCGGAACGGAUACUUAACAUCAGGUUUCCAACAAAAGACUGGAACUAGUCAAAUGCGUUGUUUAAAUUAAAAAAGAAAAGAAAGAAAGAAAAAGCAUGUUCCAGUCCUUCAUGGGAAAGCCGAUUUUAAUGUAUCAAUUGAAGUCACUGCUGAAUGAAAUUAGCUGAAAAUUUAAGGAAGAUACUAAAAUCUAUGCUUAUGAUAAAACGUUGUUUAUAAAUUUAUGCCUACAACCGAACCUAAAGCAUGAAGGUCAAAUUAACUUGAUUUAUCACACAAGCCAAGGAAAUCUACUCUAUGUCCCGUUCAAAAAAAGGAAAUAGAGAAGACUUCCACAGCAGUCUGAUUAACCAAGUUAAUUUAAUCGAAAUAAUUUGAUCCUAAAUUAAUACGGUUUAGUUAUCUAGGUUUCCGAAGGCUUAAGUAAUAUCAAAGAGAAGUUAGUCUUUAACAUCAACAGCCAAGUUUGUUUGACUGUUGUUUCCAGUUGACACAAAAACAACAGACAAAAAAACAACACAUGUUGAUGUAAUAAAACCUUAGUUCUGAUCAGUUUUAAAUAAUUCAAGCCGGAAAUAUGAGAAUGAAAUGAUGAUUAAGAUAAUAAUUGAAUCCUAAAUUAAAAUGGUUUAGUUAUUUUCCUUUCCGAAGGUUUAAAUAAUAUCAAAGAGAAGUUAGUCUUUAACAUCAACAGCCACGUUGUUUUGACUGUUGUUUCCAGUUGACACAAAAACAACAGACAAAAAAACAACACAUGUUGAUGUAAUAAAACCUUAGCUCUGAUGAGGUUUAGAUAAUUCAAGCCGAAAAUAUGAGAAUGAAAUGAUAAUUAAGAUAAUAAUUGAUUUGCUUAUAUCCUCUGCGAUGGUUUGAACGGUUAUUUAUUAUUAGGCCUAAGCAAGCUUGAGAAAGAUGUGAAAUUUUUAGGUUUAAAAGAGAACUCCAUUACCAGUUGCCCCCCAUUAGAGAGAUUUUUAUGACUAUCAGCUCAAUUUGAUGUCAUUUGUAAAAAUCCACCCACGCCACACCAGUGAGAUUCAGUGUCCAGUCCUCUGUCCUCGAAUCCUCCAUCGACUCACCUACUUCGUUAGUCAGCACAAUGUUAGCACUCCCGUUUUUCAUCCUACCGCAGUGGAACAUUCCCAGACAUAUUGUUUGCAGACAAGCACCUUACGUUUUUUUUUGGAAAAAGGUGUGGGUAGUAUUAUGACAAAAUGAAUGAAGCCCCAAGAACAUAAGAAGCAAACUCUCACCUUCCUCCACACUGUCCUUCCCACUUGGGAACAAACGGCCAAAUCUUCCAAGUGUCCAACUGCCCCCAGCAUGAAUUACAGAAUCAGACAAAGUUUCUCAGGAUUUCUCAGUCGGAAUAUCUCAGAGGACAUCAGAAUUCACACCUUCUCAGAGGCAGAGCUUCCACAGCCCAGCAGGGACGAGGUUGGCUAGAUUCAAACAUGACCUUUCCCAAGUGAUGGGCUCCUAAUCUGGUGUGUGUGCCACCUGAGGUCUGAAAUUAAAUAAGAACUUUAAAAAAAGAAUGAAAAGCUAAUGGCCUAAGAAAACAACCAACAAUUCUUAACGACACCACUGGUUUCCCCAUGAAAUGACUCAAAAAUGAAGAAUAGGUGAAGAAAUUCUAUACUAAUGAUGUGUCACUACCCAGAUCUGGGUAGUGCUUCUGAUUGGUCGGGCCAGAAGGAUAAUGUGUUUCAACCAAUCAGAGGCCAUGCCCGGAUAUGACUAGUGACAUAUCAUGAGUCAUCAUUUUGCGGGAAAACAAGUGAUAGCAUCUGGAAACGUCAGCUGUUUUCAAAGGCUUAGCUAAAGCAAGCCUAACAAAAAAUUAAUAAUAUUAAGAUAACUAGUGCAAGCUCAUUAGCAUAUUAAACAAAACUAGAUAUUUCUUGGUGCUACAAGUGCCCUCGUAAUGUAAACAUGUAUUCAACUAAUGCUUUGAUUAUGUGCAGGAAAAUGGAAAGAAAAAGAAUGCUAAGGAGUAAACUUCUACAACUAACAUGCCAGACCUUUUGAAAGCCUAUGGAAAAAAAAAAAAAUUUCCAGAGAGCAAAUGUAACACAAGAAAAUUAAUAUAUUUAAAUAAAAUAUAAAUGCAAUCAAUAGUCUGCAGUCUGUGAAACCUGUGUAAAAGUAUAAGUUCUCAAAAGUUAAUAAAAAAUUGUUUUAGUUUAAAAAAAAAUUAGCAACUUGGAAAAAAAUUCUUACUACUUGAAGUUGCCUAGAAAAAAAAAUUUAAUCAGAGGCAGACUGGAGAUUGCCUUAGACGUAACGUUCAAGUAAGCUUAUGAAUAAUCUACUUUGCGUUAUAAUACUUAAGAUCCUAAUUUUCCUAAGAUUUUUCCCAGGCUCACUGUUUCUUAAGAAUUUCCAGUUGCUUUUGAGUUCUCUUAUUAAUUAACCUGAAGAUGGCAAAAUCCUUAGUGCACCGACCUUACUCUGAAGUGCCAACAGAGACCAAGCUCAAUCAUCAACUUAUUAACAAUAAAAAAAAUGAAACUCUGCCUACUUGAUACUUACGUAGAUUCUCCUUACUAGUACCGUAAGAGAGGUAAGAAGGAACAGUAAGGAGAAUUUGUGACAGUGAAACUGGGACUUCAUGGAUUAAGAUCACUCUGGUUAAUUGCUUUGCUAUUGCUAUCCAUUCUGUGCUGUGUAGCGUGUAAAUGUAGAUGCAAUUCCGGCUGUAGCUUCCUGGCCACUGAUAGCCUAAGAGAUGCCUUGGCUGACAAAGCGCAAGUUUAUCUUUUCCCUUAAUGGAAGACCAUCACAAGUUUUGUGGUCAAGGUGUCUACAUUCUACCCAUAUAAUUAUAUUAUAGCUCUUAGGUUAUCUGUAUUGCCAUGAUGUUGUCCUGAAAAUUUAAAGAUGCAUACAUUACCUGUACAGUGAUACUAUUUCCUGCAGCCUGUAUAGUCCCUGACUGAGGUCAUAUAUCACUUAGGAGGUUUAGAGCUAAUACUGUGCUAAUGAGCUUGCUGAAGACUGUUUAACUCUAAAAUUAAAUGUACACUAACACUGUAUAAGUGGAAUCCUGGUUCUUUGAACCUCUUGAUUAUUCCAAUUAAAACUUGUUUUCCUUCCCCUGAAGUCACUAUACUUUUUAUAUUUCGCCUUGGGUUUCUCAAACAGAAAAUGGCGAGAAAGCCUAAAGCCCAAAACAAAGCUUAAUAUCUCCCUAAUUCUUUUCCCUUAAUUUCCAUUUUCAAAGGAGGUUCAAAAAAUCAUAGUUCCACUGUGUUGAGAUAACACAGGAAGCACAACAACUCCUAUAAUGAAGACGAGUUGCAGUAAAAGGUUGACCUAUGAAAAGAAUUGAGUGUGUGGUGAACUUCAACAAAAGGAAUAAAAUUAAAGCAAAGUCAAAAUAUUCUGCCUAUGUGAUUAAUGUUUGCUGUGAUAAGGUUGAAAUGCUUCCCAUGCCUCUAAAGAUACAGGCAACAUUGUGCUUCCCGCUGUUCUAGGAAAAUGAAAGUCAGUGAAUAGCUGAUGUAUUUUGACUGGUAGUCCCAGGCAAUUACGCGGAAAACAAGGCCACUCCCACCUACACUAGCAGCACAAUGUUACAACUGUAUAUGCCUAUCACUGACCGCAGCUUCUAAAUCUUUAAGACUGGAUUUUUAACCUGAUCCCCUUAGUAGUUAUUAUAUCCUCUACAACUUACCUUGAAAGCCAUUCCUUUUGCAAGAAAUGUCAGAAACUGAUUUCUAUCAAGCCAAUGCAAGAAGAUUUUGCCAGUUUGUGCAAGAUUAUUGAUAAAAAAGACCACCUUUUACCUAAUUUCCCCCUCCCUAUCGAGACAAAAAAAUCCUUCCCCCCCCUAAUCGUGUACCCCCCUCCCCCAUCUCUUACUCCUCCAACCCUCCUUAAGAGGCAGAUAGGGGCUUCAUUGAGCUUUUACGGGUUUAGUUAUGUAAUAAUCUAUAAAAUAUGUAACCUUACCCACCCAACAACUAUAACUUUAUAUUAAAUACUAUAAUAAUAUCAUGAUCACUAUUAUUUUAGCAAGAUUUCCUUUGAGUAGUGAAAAACUAAACCCGAUGGUGGUACUUUAUGAAUUUCUGGGUGGGGAUGUGUCACUGGGACCUUGAACCCUUAGCCCGUACCAAAACUAGUCCAGCUCAAUUUUGCUAUUCUUUACCAGGCCAAACUGGUCUUAAAUUAUUUUUUGAAACAAUUUCUCUGUCUCUUGUUAGCAGAUGAAAUACUGUCUUUCAUCUUUGAUAAAAUUGCCAGAUCCUGAGGAAAUGCACUAAUUAAUAUAAUUAUUCUUGGCUACAGAGUUUCAUUGACCAUUGUCUUGCAAGAAUAGACCCUUUUCUCUUUUCUUCCCUGAGGUGAAUGUCCUUUGUAAAAUUGAAUGAUGUAUGUGCUACUCAUCGGAAUCUUGGGUUUGAACUUAAUUUGUGACUAGUACAAAUAAGCCUCCAGACUUUUUUUCAAAUUUUGUCUAAAUAUGAAUUUUUUUGGAACAAAAUAAUCCAAUUUGAAAAAAAAAACUUGCUUAAUUUAGGAAAACUUUGCCUAAUUGAUAAGUCUCUGUCCAGUUAAUUGCUAAAUUAAACUGAAUGGUGACUCAUUUACUCAAAAAAAAAGAAAGAAGGAAACUGUUGAUAAGACUUUCUCGGUGACACUUAUUUGUACAAAUAAGGUGGCACACACACUGUAUCAUAUAUCAAUACUCUUGUAAUACAGAUACCUUAAGUAUUCCCUCCAAUAGUGAAUCACAGAAUUCCUAAUUAAAAUUUGAUCUCACUACAUAUUCAGCAUUCUGCUCUACAGCUGAAAUGUGCUGAAGAUCUUACGGUGACUGAAUUUUGAUUGGAUAAAUAAUACUUGGUUUUCUUUGAAUUUGGAAAGCAUUAAACUAUGGGUAGAAUUCAAAAGAAAAAUAUUGCAAGUGAAUCAAUUCACACCUGUUGGGAAUACCAUGGACCUGCUUUGAACAAUGCAUGAAGUCCUAUUAGUUGAAAUAGUCAUUAUUCUUCGGUUUUUGGUUUUUGUUUUUGGUGGUUUUUUUUCACUGCCAAACUAAAUGAAUUUGCCUAUUGCUGUUGAAUGGGGGUUGUGGAACAACAGCUGGGUGAAAAACCUCCCCGUACGUCCACUUGCUCCUAGGAGGAAAACCCCGGGCCAGCUGUACCCCGCAUUCAAUGACCUCCCGGGCUGGGUCAGAAAUAUCGUAAAACCCAGUACCUGUGUUGAGGCAGGGUACUGGCUGUAACUGUAAGUAAUAAAUUUAUAUGAUUAUAAUAUAAAUAGUAAACUAGGUAUUAAUAAUGAGUUGACUCAUCCUCUAGUGAUACCAGCCUCUUCACUGUUGGCUUUUGAACUCCUGUAUUGAGCUAUUGAUGGAUCUCUGACCAGUUUGCCAAAUCCGCUGUUCUUUUCAGCCUGAGAAAGAAUAAGAAUUCAUUUUCACUCAUUUGUUAACUUAUUUGUGACUCGCUGCUAACUUUUGGCUCGUAAAUAUUCAUAGGAACAGAGUUAAGCAAGGGGUGUAACAGAAGUUUAAUGUCUAAGAUUGAGUCACAAAAUAUUGUAAACGACUUCAUGGGAGGGGUGUAGCUACCCGUACAAAUUGUGCACAUGUGCACCCCCCUCAAAAUGACCAAGAUGACUAAAGAGGUAACUAGGGUGACUUGAAUCACUGGGAUAAAUGGAAUGACUAAGAUGACUGGAGUAACUGGGAAGUAUAAGAUGACUAAGAUGACUGAGGUGACUGGGAUGACUAGGGAUACUGGGAUGAGUGGGGAUUGGGAUGACUGGGAUGAUUAGGAUAGCAAGGGUGAAUGGGAUGAUUGUGAUGACUAGGAUAACUAGGAUUACUGGGAUGAUCUGGAUGACUGAAAUGACUAGAAGGACUAAGAUUACUGAAAUGACCAGGAGGACUGGGAUGACUUAGGUGACUGGGAUAACUGUGACAACAGGGAUAACUAGAAAAACUGUGAUGACUAGGAUACUAGGAUGACUAGGAUGACUGGGGUUAAUGGGAAAGCUGAGAUGACAAGGACGACUGGGAUGAAGGGGAUGACUAAAAUAACAUGGGUGACUGAGAUGAUUUGGAUGAAUAGGAUGACUGUUAAUAAGAUGACUUAGAUGACUGGGAUGAUUUAGAUGACUGGAAUGAUUUGCAUGAUUAGGACGAGUAGGAUAACUAAUAAUGAGAUGACUUGGAUGGCUUGGAUGACGGACGAUUUUAAUGACUGGAAUGGUUUGCACGAUGACUAAUAAUGAGAUGACUGGGAUGGCUAAGAUGAUUGGGAUAACUGGGAUGAUUUGGAUGACUGGAAUGGUUUGCAUAAUUAGGAUGAAUAUGAUGAGUAAGAUGAUUGGGAUGACUGGGAUGGUUUGGAUGACUUGCAUGAUUAGGAUAAAUAGGAUAAAUAUGAAUGAGAUGACUGGGAUGACUAGGUUGAUUGGGAUGACUGGAAUGACUUGCAUGAUUAGGAUGAAUAGGAUAACUACUUAAGACAUGACUUGGAUGACUAAGAUGACUUGGAUGACAGGGAUGCCAAGAAUGACUGACAUGAAGAGGACAAGUAGGAUAACUGGCAUGACUAGCAUGAAUACAUGCAGGCAGAUUCAUUGUCACGUCAAUGUUUACAUUUUUGUUCAUUAGCAUACCAGUUAGCCCAUGGACGGUUCAAAAAUUAAAGAGCUGGUUCAUUUGUGCAGUUUGUGCAACUUUCAGCUCUUUGUAACCAGUAACAAAGAAAAUAGCAGCAAUUAAAAAACUGCAGAAUUACUGGGUGGCAAAACGUUAAUGAGCUCGCACAUUCUUUGUAGAUUUUGGGUUUUUUCAAAUAGAAUUUCGCGGUAACUAUUCGGUAUAUCAGGCUCAAAUUUUCAGAGAUCAAUAGAUAAUGAUGAGUCUGUGCUAAUGAGCCAAUAUUGUAAACAAGGAUUCCACUUUUGGAUAACUUGGUUUACUGAGAUAACAGGGGUGAAAAGGAUGAUUGUGAUGAAGAGAAAAGAAGAUUUACUGGGGGGACUAGGAUGAAUGGGGUGAUGAGAUAACUGAGAUGACUAGAAUGACUGGGAUGACUAGGAUGACUAAGGGGACUGGAUGACCGGAAUGACUCGGAUGGUUGGGAUGAAUGCCUGAUGGGGGUACUCCUAGGAAUUCUUGGUGGGGUCACUGGGAUGACAGGAGUGACAAGGGUGACUUGGAUGACAAAACUGACUGGGACAACUGGGUUAGCUUGAAUAACUAGCAUGAAUAGGAUGACUGGAAUAAGUUGGAUGGGUAGGAUGAGUGGGAUGACCUCAUCUUUAAUGAAGGAACCUGAAGAACAUUUGAUUCGUUAAAGGGGGGAGACCCUGGGAUAUGGAAAACUGUGAACCUCCGGAAAAUCCUGAACAAAAUGUACUAGUCUUAUACCGGUUUAAAACAUUUUAAAGAAAGAAUGAAAAAAAUGAUACCUGAAAUGCCUGAAAUCAACAGUGGGAGACCAUGAUCCUUCUGUUUCUUGAGAUGUCAUCCCUUUAAUUGAAGAAACGAUUUUUGAUAUCCAACUUGUGAUGGGCAAAGAAUCUUCCAGAACAUCACCAAAUGGGAGAUUUCUGUUAAAUGGACAGAGAUAAGACAGGUAAAUGUGACUGUCAGGUAGAAAGGAAGAGUUACAAUCUCUCUACCUAUAAUAUGGAUCCAUCUUUCUGCAAAAAUGAUUCCUACCAGAAUAAAUACAUGGAAUUCUUAACUGGUUCUUUUCAAAAUUCAUGGUAGAUUUUUAAUUAACAAAAAGAUUUGCCUGCAAUAUUAACUUUCUAUACUUAAGUAUAUUUUAAAUUUUGUGAUCUAACAACAACUUUACCUUGGUUUGCAAACACUACCUCAAGAAACAUUAAUUUUUUAAGUAUGAGAUAAUCGAUUACUAAUAAACAAUGGCUAUACAACAACCGCUGGGUGAUUAUAACCACUGCAAAUCUCCACUUCCUCAUCAGAGAAAAACCCUGAGCCAGCUAUAGAACCCACACUCAGGGCGCUUUCCAAAAGUCUGCCAGCUGGACCAUAGCUGGACUGGUCAUUUUCACAAUGAAAUAGGCCUUACCAAGAAAUUCGUUGCUGAAAAAACUCCUCUGUGCAUACUGUUUAGGAUAUGUCUGACUGAAUAAUAGUUUUGAUUAGAAGUGAAAAUUCUCAUUGGGACGGGGACAAUCUGGACAGUCAGUUCUUACAAAUGGAAAGCACCCUCAGUGAUGUCCCAGGCUGGCAGUGUAAAACCAAUUCUCUGUAAUGAAGCUAGGGUAACUAUUAGUGACAAAUUAUUCCUAACAGCAUACAUUACAAACCUAAUCAGUUGUAAUUCCUAGACCAUGUUGCUGCUGUCCUCUAAAUCCUGACUCUCCUCCACACAAUGUAGUCCAUUUCUAUUAACCUUUGACCAGUUUGGCGCAUUUCUUGUCUUUUUUCUGCCUGAAAAAAGUAAACAAACCAUUUCUAUAAGCACAUAAACCCACUUCUUGAUAAAAAUCUCAACAAUCCUUGCAUUCUAUGUAAACACCUUAUGAACAUGAAUAUUAAGCAUAGUAACAUUUCCUCGAUGGAGAACAUCAACCAUUUAGAUUUAAGAAGUGGGAACACUUUGACAAUAAAUGAACUUGAAAACUGGUGUUUUGAAAUAAUGUCAUGAAUUAAAUGUGAUAAUCUCCCAUUUGAUGGCACAAUAGCUCAAAAACUAAUGGCAUUCACUCAUUUCUUAAACCCACUUAUAGAUGUUUGGAUAUCAUGUCUAAUAUCUGCUUUACGUCUAAUGACCAAACCGAAACAAUGCUUGUUCUUAAACUAUUGACUCUGUGGUAGAGAAUUAACUGCUGUCUCCAGUAUGGUAAUAAACAUUAAAAACCCUUCAGCAAUAAAACGCAGGGGCAUAGCAAGGAUUUUUGAAGAAAGAGGUAUGCACAAUUUUCCACACCCCUCUCCCCACAGCAUUAAAAGCCGAAAUCUUUUUCAGGUUUCUUGAUUAAAGGAGCAGUUAUGUUGCAAGUUGAAACAAUAUUAAACUGUAUAUGAAAUGACAUGUAAAACUCAUAAAUUGGUUGUCAUCAAUUUAUAUUGCAUCAACAAACUACCAUCUUGUUUAACAAAUUGUUUUAGGCUAACAUAAGCACCCUACAUUUGCACAAUUGUGCGCGUGCGGGUUUGUGUUAAGGAAAUACGCUAAUGAAUCUGACAUAGUGACACUAAACUGGCUAGCUAUUGCAAAUCAAUAAUGCCAUUGUUAUAAUGCUCCGGAUUCAACUCUAUUUCAAUGACACAUAGACAUUCAAUUUAAUUUAAUUUAAUUUAAUUUUUAUUUUUAUGUUUUAGUUUAUUGAUUUAUUGAUUUAUUUUAUUAUUUUUUUAACUAUUCCCAUAGAAUUUAACUAUUAGUGCAUUUGUAAAUUUCUAGAAUAUUAGUUUAGAUAGCUUUUAGUGUACAGGCGAAGAGCCACUUUGUGGUUUCUGUAUUAACGUCAUUGUCAUCAUUAUUAUUAUUAUUAUUACUUCACCUACUGCAUUUUAGUCAUCCCAGUCACCACAGUACUCCAGUCAUCCUAGCCAUCCCAGCUGUCCCAGUCAUCCUAGUCAUCCAAUUCAUCUCAGUCAUCCCAGUAAUCAUAGUUGUCCCAGUAAUCCUUAUCAUCCAAUUCAUCUCAGUCAUCCCAGUUAUCCUAGUCAUUCUAGUUAUCCCAGUCAUCCUAGUACUAGUAAUCAGUCAUCCUUGUCAUCCCAAUCACCCUAGUCAUCACAGUUAUCACAGUGAUCCCGGUAAUAACAGUUGUCCUUGUCAUCCCAGUUAUCCCAGUCAUUUUAUAGUCAUUCAAUUUAUCCAAGUCGUGCUAGUCACCCUUCUCGCCCCGCUCACCCCACUCAUCCUAGUUAUCCCAGUCAUUUCAGUCAUCCUAUUCACUCCAGACAUCCCAAUCAUCUCAGUCAUCAAGAAAAUUAUAGUCAUCAAAGUCAUCACAAUCAUCCAGGUCAUCCCAGUCAACAAAGUAAUCCCUAACACCAGUAUACUAGUCAUCAUUGUCAUCCCAGGCAUCAAUGUCAUCCUUGUCUUCCUAGUCAUCACAGUCAUCCUAGUCAUCCUAGCCAUCCCAGUAAUUCUAGUAAUCCUAAUCAACCAACUCGUCCUAGUAUCCAACAUUCAAAUCAUCCCACAUAUCAAAUUCAUUCCACUCAUCCUAGUAAUCUCAGUCAUCCAGUAAUCGUAGUCAUACAAGUCAUCCUGGUAAUCAGUUAUCUUACCCAUGUCAUCCUAACAAGUAUUCCAAUUGUUACCUGUGAAAUACUUGAGACUCUAUUUGUUACUUUUAGCUCUCGCUAAGAGAGAUAAUAAGAUUUUAUACUUUUUUAAUGCUAUUAAUGUAAUUUUAGACAUUUUUUAUUUAAUCUUAUUUACAUUGUAAAUAUUCAUUGUUAAAAUUUUCAAAUGUAAUCUUAACCUUAAAAAGAUUUUGUUAAUAUUAUUAGAUGUCCCUGAUUAGUAGGCUAAAUUGACACAAUCAUUAAUAUUGUUGUUCAUUCAAUCAUCCCAAUGAUCCUAGUUAUUCCGGUCAUCCUCAUCAUCUAAGUCAUCCCAGGCGUAAAACCAUCAUCCAAGUUAUUCUGAUUAUCCCAGUCAUCCCAGUCAACAUAGUUAUCCAAGUCACCUUAGAUAUUCUGGUCAUCACAGUUAUCCCAGUCAACACAGUUAUCAUUGUCAUCCCAGUCAUCUUAGCACUCCAUGUUACACUAGUCAUACUAGUCAGCAGAGUACUACAAGUCAUUCUAGUUAUCCCAGUCAUCCCAUGCAUCCUACUCAUAUUAUUUUUAAGUCACCCAAGUCAUCAAAGGCAUCUCAGUCAUCCUGAUCAACCAACUCAACCUAGUACCCAGUACUCUAGUCAUGCUACACAUCACAGUCACCCCAUUCAUCAAAGUCAUCUUAGUCGUUUCAGUCAACCAAAUUAUAUUAGUCACCCUAGUCAUCUGAAUCAACUUCUCAACAUGAUAAAACUGAAAACAGUCAUCCUAGUCAUCUCAGCUUAAAGUCAUCCUAGUCACCCAAGUCACCCUAGUGAACCCAAGUCGCACAAGUCACCCAAGUCACCCACGUCACGCAAGUCACCCUAGUCACCAAAGUCACCCAAGUCACCCUAGUCAACCAAGUCACCCUAGUCACUCAAGUCACUAUAGUCAUCCUAGUCACCCUAUUCACUCAACUCAUCCUAGUCACUCAAGUCACCCUAGUCACCCAACUCACUCUAGCCACCAAAGUCAUCCUACUCACCCUAGUCAUAAUAAUCUCCCUAGUCACCCAAGUCACCCUAGUCACCAUAGUCAUCCUAGUCACCUCAGGUGACUUAGGUGACAAGGGAGAUAAGAGAUGGGAUGACUAGGGAUGACUAGGGAUGACUAGAAAUGACUAGGAUGACUAAAAAUGACACGGAAUGACAAGGGAUGACUAGGAAUGACUAGAGAUGACUAAAUGAGUAGGGAUAACUAGGAAUGACAACGGAUGACAAGAGAUGACUAAGGAUGACUAGGAUGACUAGAGAUGACAAGGAAUGACUAGCGAAGACUAAGGAUCACUAGGAAUGACUACAGAUGACUAGGAUCACUAGGGAUGACUAGGGAUAACUAGGGAUGACUAGGAUGACUAAAGAUGACAAGGAUCGCUAGAGAUGACUAGGAUGACUAGGGAUAACUAGGGAUCACGAGAGAUGACUAGGGAUGACUAAGGAUAACGAGGGAUCACUAAGGAUGACUAGGGAUGACAAGGAUGACUACGGAAGACUAAGGAUGACUAGGAAUGAUGAGGGAUGAUUAGGGAUGACUAGCGAUAACUAGGAAUGACUAGGGAUGACUAGGGAUGACUAGCGAUAACGAGGGAUAACUCGAAAUAACUAGGGAUGACUAGGCAUGACUAGGAAUGACCAGGGAUGACUAAAAAUGACUAGGGAUGACUAGGAAUGACUAGAAAUGACAAGAAAUGACUAGAGAUGACUAGGGAUGAAUAGGGAUGAAUAAGGAUGACUAAGGAAGACUAGGGACGACUAGGGAUGACGAGGGAUGACUAUGGAUGACCAGGGAUGACUAGGAAAGACUAAGGAUGACUAAGGAUGACUAGGGAAGACUAGAGAUUACAAGGAAUGACAAGGAAUGACUAGGGACGACGAGGGAUAACUAGGGAUGACGAAGAAUGACUAAGAAUGACUAGGGAUGACUAAGAAUGACUAGAGAAGACAAGGAAUGACUAGACAUAACUAGGGAUGACUAGGGAUAAAUAGGGAUGACUAGAGAUGACUAGGGAUGACUAGGGAUGACUAAGGAUGACUAGGGAUGACUAGGGAUCACGAGGGAUGACUAGGGAUGACGAAAGAUGACUAAGGAUGACUAGGGAUGACUAGGAAUGACUAGAGAUGAGAAAGAAUGACUAGAGAUGACUAGGGAUGACUAGGGAUGAAUAGGGAUGACUAGGGAUGACUAGGGAUGACGAGGGAUGACUAGGGAUGAAUAAGGAUGACGAGGGAUGACUAGGCAUGAAUAAGGAUGACUAGGGAUGACUAGGGAUCACGACGGAUGACUAAGGAUAAUUAGGGAUGACUACGGAUGACUAGAAUCACUAGGGAUGACAAGGGAAGACUAACGAUAACUAGGGAUGACUAGGAAAGACUAGAGAUGACAAGGAAUGACAAGGAAUGACUAGGGAUAACUAGAAACGAGGGAUAACGAGGGACGACGAAGAAUGACUAAGAAUGACUGGGGAUGACUAAGAAUGACUAGAGAAGACAAGGAAUGACUAGACGUGACUAGGGAUGACUAGGGAAGAAAAGGGAUGACUAGGGAUGACUAGGGAUGACGAGGGAAGACUAGCGAUGAAUAAGGAUGACUAGAGAUGACUAGGGAUGACUAGGGAUCAUGACGGAUGACUAGGGAUGACGAGAGAUGACUAAGGAUGACUAGGGAUGACUAAGAAUGACUAGAGAAGACAAGGAAUGACUAGACAUGACUAGGGAUGACUAGGGAAGAAUAGGGAUGACUAGGGAUGACGAGGGAAGAUUAGGGAUGAAUAAGGAUGACUAGAGAUGACUAGGGAUGACUAGGGAUGACGAGAGAUGACUAAGGAUGACUAGGGAUGACUAGGAAUGACUAGAGAUGACAAGGAAUGACUAGGGAUGAUUAGGGAUGACUAGGGAUGACUAGGGAUGACUAAGGAUGAAUAAGGAUGACUAGGGAUGACUAGGGAUGAAUAAGGAUGACUAGGGAUGACUAGGGAUGAAUAAGGAUGACUAGGGAUGACUAGGGAUGACUAGGGAUGACUAGGGAUGACUAGGGAUGACUAGGGAUGACUAGGGAUGACUAGGCAUGACAAGGGAUCAAUAGGGAUGACUAGGGAUGACUAGGAAUGACUAGAAAAGACAAGGAAUAACUAGGGAUGACUAGAGCUGACUAGGAAUGACUAGAGAUGACAAGAAAUGACUAAGGAUGACUAGGGAUGACUAGGGAUGAGGAGGGAUGACUAGGGAUGACUAGGGAUGACUAGGGAGGACGACGGAUGACUACGGAUGACAAGGGAUGACUAAGGAUGACUAGGAAUGACUAGGGAUGACUAGGGAUAACAGGGGAUAACUAGAAAUAACUAGGGAUGACUAGGGAUGACUAAAGAUCACUAGGGUAGACUAGGGAUGACGAGGGAUGACUACGGAUGACUAGGGAUGACUAGGGAUGACGAGGGGUGACUAGGGAUGACUAGCGAUAACUAAGGAUGACUAGAGACGACGAGGGAUCAUGAGGGAUGACAAGGGAUGACGAGGGAUGACUAGGGAUCACUAGAGAUGACGAGGGACGACUAGGGAUGACGAGAAAUGACUAAGGAUGACUAGGAAUGACUAACGAUGACUAGGGAUGACUAGGGAUGACUAGGGAUGACGAGGGAUGACUAGAAAUGACUAGGGAUGACAAGGGAUGACUAAGAAUGACUAGGAAUGACUAGGGAUGACUAGGGAUUAUGAGGGAUGACUAGGGAUGACUAGGGAUAAAUAAGAAUGACAAGGGGUGACCAAGGAUGAGUAGAGAUGACUAGGAAUGACUAGAGAUGACAAGGAAUGACUAGAAAUGACUAGGGAUGACUAGGAAAGAAUAAGAAUGACUAGGGAUGACCAAGGACGACUAAGGAUGACGAGGGACGACUAGGGAUGACUAGGGAUGACUAGGGAUGACUAGGGAUGACAAGGGAUGACUAAGGAUAACUAGGGAUGACUAAGGAUAACUAGGGAUGAAUAAGGAUAACUAGGGAUGACUAGGGACGACUAGGGAUGACGAGAGAUGACUAGAGAUUACUAGGGAUGACAAGAGAUGACGAGAGAUGACUAGGGAUGACUAGGGAUGACUAAGGAUGACUAGGGAUGACCAGGGAUGACGAAGGAUGACUAGGGAUGACGAAGGUUGACUAGCGAUGACUAGGGAUGACUAGGAAUGACUAGGGAUGACUAGGGAUGAAUAAGGAUGACUAGCGAUGACUAGGGAUGACGAGGGAUGACUAAAGAUGACUAGGGAUGACUAGGAGUGACUAAAGAUGACAGAAAAUGACUAGAGAUGACUAAGGAUGACUAGGGAUGACUAGGGAUGAAUAAGAAUGACUAGCGAUGACUAGGGAUGACUAGUAAUGACGAGGGAUGAGUAGGGAUGACUAGGGAUGACUACAGAUGACUAAGAAUGACAAGCGAUGACUAGGGAUGACUAGGGAUGCCUAAAGAUGACUAGGGAUGACGAGGGAUGACUAGGGAUGACUACGGCUGACUAAGGACGACUAGGGAUGACUGGGGAUGACAAGGGAUGACUAGGGAAGACUAAGGAUGACUAACGAUAAAUAAGGAUGAUUAGGGAUGAAUAAGGAUGACUAGGGAUGACUAGGGUUGACUAGGGAUCAAAAGGGAUGACAAGGGAUGACGAGGGAUGACUAGGGAUGACUAGGGAUGACUAGGGAUGACUAGGGAUGACUAGGGAUGACUAGUGAUAACUAGGGAUGACUAGGGAUGACUAGGAUGACUAGAGACGACAAGCAAUGACUAGGGAUGACUAGGGAUGACUAGGGAUCACAAGGGAUGACAAGGGAUGACGAGGGAUGACUAGGGAUGACUAGGGAUGACUAGGGAUGACUAGAGAUAACUAGGGAUGACUAAGGAUGACUAAGAAUGACUAGGGAUGACGAGUGAUAACUAGCGAUGACUAAGGACGACUAGGGAUGACUAGGGAUGACAAGGGAUGACAAGGGAUCACAAGGGAUGACGAGGGAUGCCAAGGGAUCACUAAGGAUGAAUAAGGAUCAAUAAGGAUGAUUAGGGAUAAAAAAAGAAGACUAGGGAUGACUAGGAAUGACUAGGGAUCACAAGGGAUGACUAGGGAUGACUAGGGAUGACUAGAGAUGACUAGUGAUAACUAGGGAUGACUAGGGAUGACUAGGAUGACUAGAGCUGACAAGGAAUGACUAGGGAUGAUUAGGGAUGACGAGGGAUGACUAGGGAGAACUUGGGAUGACAAGGGAUGACAAGGUAAGACUAGGGAUGAUCAAGGGAUGACUGGGGAUGACUAGGGAAGACUAGAGCUAACCAGGAAUAAAAAGGGAUGCCUAGAGAUGACGAGGGAGGACUACGGAUAACUAGGGAUGACGAGGGAUGACUAAGGACAACUACGAACGACUAGGGAUCACUAAGGAUAACUAGGAAAGACUAGUGCUGACUAGGGAUGACUAAGAGAAGACUAGAAAGGAUAAUAUCCUGACUAGGGAUGAUCCCUAGGGAUGACUAGGGAUGACUAGGGAUGACUAGGGAUGACUAGGGAUGACAAGGAAUGACAAGGGAAGACUAAGGAUGACAAGGGAUGACUAGGGAUGACUAAGGAUGAGGGGGAAGACUAAGGAUGACUAGAAAUGACUAAAGACGACUAAGGAUGACUAAGAAUGACUAAAAAUGACUAGGAUGACCAGGGAUGACUAGGGAUGAUGAGAGAUGACUAGCAAUGACAAAGGAUGACUAGGGAUGACUAGGGAUGACACGAUGACUAGAGAUGACUAAAGAUGACAAGGAAAGAUUAGGGAUGAUUAGGGAUGACUAAGGAUAACGAGGGAUAACUAGAAAUAACUAGGGAUGACUAGGGAUGACUAAAGAUGACUAGGGAUGACUAGGGAUGAAAGAGAUGACAAGGGAUCACUAGGGAUGACUAGGGAUGACUAGGGAUGACUAGGGAUGAUGAGGGAUGACUAGGGAUGACUAGGGAUAACUAAGGAUGACUAGGGAUGACUAGGGAUGACGAGGGAUGACUAGAGAUGACAAGGGAUGACUAGGGAUGACUAGGAAUGACUAGAGAUGACUAGGAAUGACUAGAGAUGACUAGGGAUGACUAGGGAUGACGAGGGGUGACUAGGGAUGACUAGGGAUAAAUAAGAAUGACUAGGGAUGACUAGGGAUAACGAGAAAUGACUAAGGAUGACUAGAGAUGACUAGGAAUAACUAGAGAUGACAAGAAAUGACUAGAAAUGACUAGGGAUGACUAGGAAUGAAUAAGGAUGACUAGGGCUGACUAGGGAUGAUGAGGGAUGACUAAGGAUGACUAGGGAUAACUAGGAAUGAAUAGAGAUGACAAGGAAUGACUAGAGAUGACUAGCGACGACUAGAGAUGACUAGGGACGAAUAAGGAUGACUAGGGAUGACUAGGGACGACUUGGAAUGACGAGGGAUGACUAGGGAUGACUAGGGAUGACUAGAGACGACGAGGGAUGACUAGGGAUGACUAAGGAUGACUAGGGAUGACUAGGAAUGACUAGGGAUGACUAGGGAUAACUAGGGAUGAUGAGGGAUGGCUAGAAAUGACUAGGGAUGACUAGGAAUGACUAGGGAAGACUAGAGAUGACUAGGGAUGACUAGGGAUGACUAGGGGUGACUAAGGAUGACUUAGGAUGACUAAGGAUGACAAGGGAAGACUAGGGAUGACGAGGGAUGACUAAGAAUGACUAGGGAUCACUAGGAAUGACUAGAGAUGACUAGGGAUGACUAGAGAUGAAUAAGUAUGACUAAGGAUGACUAGGGAUAAUUAGGGAUGACUAGGGAUGAUGAGGGAUGACUAGAAAUGACUAGGGAUAACUAGGGAUGACUAAAGAUGACUAUAUAUGACUAGGGAUGACUAGAAAUGACCAGGGAAGACUAGGGAUGACUAGGAAUGACGAGGAACGACUACAAAUGACUAGGGAUAACUAGGGAUGAUCAGGGAUGAAUAAGGAUGACUAGGGAUGACUAGUAAUGACGAGGGAUGACUAGGGAUGACUAGGGAUGACGAGGGAUGACUAGGGAUGACUACGGCUGACUAAGGACGACUAGGGAUGACAAGGGAUGACUAGGGAAGAGUAAGGAUGAUUCAGGAUAAAUAAGGAUGAUUAUGGAUGAAUAAGGAUGACUAGGGAUGACUAGGGAUCAUAAGGGAUGACAAGGGAUGACGAGGGAUGACUAGGGAUGACUAGGGAUGACUAGGGAUGACUAGUGAUAACUAGGGAUGACUAGGAUGACUAGAGAUGACAAGCAAUGACUAGGGAUGACUAGGGAUGACUAGGGAUCACAAGGGAUGACGAGGGAUGACGAAGGAUGACUAAGGAUGACUAGGGAUGACGAGUGAUGACUAGGGAUGACUAAGGACGAGUAGGGAUGACUAGGGAUGACGAGGGAUGACUAGGGAUGACUAGGGAUGACUAGGGAUGACUAGUGAUAACUACGGAUGACUAGGAUGACUAGAGAUGACAAGCAAUGACUAGGGAUGACUACAGAUGACUAGGGAUGACUAGAGAUAACUAGGGAUUACUGAGGAUGACUAAGGAUGACUAGGGAUGACGAGUGAUGACUAGGGAUGACUAAGGACGAGUAGGGAUGACUAGGGAUGACUAAGGAUGACUAAGGAUGAAUAAGGAUGAUAAGGGAUAAAAAAAAAAGACUAAGGAUGACUAGGGAUGACUAGGGAUGACUAGGGAUGAAUAAGGAUGACUAAGGAUGACUAGGGACGACUUGGGAUGACGAGGAAUGACUAGGGAUGACUAGGGAUGACUAGAGACGACGAGGGAUGACUAGGGAUGACUAAGGAUGACUUGGGAUGACUAGGAAUGACUAGGGAUGACUAGGGAUAACUAGGGAUGAUGAGGGAUGGCUAGAAAUGACUAGGGAUGACUAGGAAUGACUAGGGAAGACUAGAGAUGACUAGGGAUGACUAGGGAUGACUAAGGGUGACUAAGGAUGACUUAGGAUGACUAAGGAUGACAAGGGAAGACUAGGGAUGACGAGGGAUGACUAAGAAUGACUAGGGAUCACUAGGAAUGACUAGAGAUGACUAGGGAUGACUAGAGAUGAAUAAGUAUGACUAAGGAUGACUAGGGAUAAUUAGGGAUGACUAGGGAUGACGAGGGAUGACUAGGGAUGACUAGGGAUGACUAGUGAUAACUAGGGAUGACUAGGAUGACUAGACAUGACAAGCAAUGACUAGGGAUGACUAGGGAUGACUAGGGAUCACAAGGGUUGACGAGGGAUGACGAGCGAUGACUAGGGAUGACUACAGAUGACUAGGGAUGACUAGAGAUAACUAGGGAUGACUAAGGAUGACUAAGGAUGACUAGGGAUGACGAGUGAUGACUAGGGAUGACUAAGGACGACUACGGAUGACUAGGGAUGACUAAGGAUGACUAGGGAUGACUAAGGUUGACUAAGGAUGAAUAAGGAUGAUAAGGGAUAAAAAAAAAAGACUAAGGAUGACUAGGGAUGACUAGGGAUCACAAGGGAUGACGAGGGAUGACGAGCGAUGACUAGGGAUGACUAGGGAUGACUAGGGAUGACUAGAGAUCACUAGUGAUAACUAGGGGAUGACUAGGGAUGACUAGGAUGACUAGAGAUGACAUGGAAUGACUAGGGAUGAUUAGGAUGACGAGGGAUGACUAGGGAGAACUAGGAUGACAAGGGAUGACAAAGUAAGACUAGGGAUGGCCAAGGGAUGACUGGGGAUGACUAGGGAAGACUAGAGCUAACCAGGAACAAAUAGGGAUGCCUAGAGAUGACGAAGGAGGACUAGGGAUAACUAGGGAUGACGAGGGGAUGACUAGGGGGACAACUAGGAAACGACUAGGGAUGACUAAGGAUAACUAGAAAAGACUAGUGCUGACUAGGGAUGCCAAGAGAAGACCCUAGCCACCCUAGGGAUCCUUAAGACAUCCUAUCCUGGUCAUCCUGUCACCCUUCGUCAUCCCUAGUCAUCACUAGGGAUGACUAGGGAUGACCUGGGAUGACUAGGGAUGACUAAGGAUGACAAGGAAUGACUAGGAAAGACUAAGGAUCACGAGGGAUGACUAGGAAUAACUAGGGAUGACUAGGGAAGACUAAGGAUGACUAGGAAUGACUAAAGACGACUAAGGAUGACUAGGAAUGACUAGAAAUGACUAGGAUGACCAUGGAUGACUAGGGAUGAUGAGAGAUGACUAGCAAUGAGUAAGGAUGACUAGGGAUGACUAGGGAUGACACGAUCACUAGAGAUGACUAAGGAUGACAAGGAAACACUAGGGAUGAUUAGGGAUGACUAAGGAUAACGAGGGAUAACUACAAAUAACUAGGGAUCACUAAGGAUGAGUAGAUCUGACUAGGGAUGACUAAAGAUGACUAGGGAUGACUAGGGAUGAAAGGGAUGAAAGGGAAUGACAAGGGAUGACUAAGGGAUGACUAGGGAUGAUGAGGAUGACUAAGGAUGACUAGGGAUAACUAAGGAUGACUAGGGAUGGAGGGAUGACGAGGAUGACUAGAGAUGACAAGGGAUGACUAGGGAUGACUAGGAAUGACUAGGAUGACUAGGGAUGACUAGGGAUGACGAGGGAUGACUAGGGAUGACUAGGGAUGAAUAAGAAUGACUAUGGAUGACUAGGAUAAUGAAGGAUGAGGGAUGACUAGGAUGACUAGGAAUGACUAGAGAUGACAUGAAAUGACUAGAGAUGACUAGGGAUGACCAGGGAAUAAGGAUGACUUGGGCUUACUAGGGAUGAUGAGGGAUGACUAAGGAUGACUGACUAGGAACGAAUACAGAGAUGACAAGGGAUGACUAGAGAUGAGGGAUGACUAGGGAUGACUAGGGAUGACUAGGAUGACUAGGGAUGACUAGGGACGACUAGGGAUGAGGGGAGAUGAUAUUCAAGGAUGACUAGGGACGAGGAUGACUAGGAUGACCAAGGAUGAUGAGGGAUGACUAGGGAUGACUAGGGAUGACUAGGGAUGAUGACUAGGAUGACAGGAAAUGACUAGGGAUGAUGACUAGGGAUGACUAGGGAUGACUAGGGGAUGACUAAGGGAAGACCUAUUGAGAUGAGGAUGACUAGGGAUGACUAGGGAUGACUAGGGACUUAGGACGAGGGAUGACAAGGGAAGACUAGGGAUGACUGACAAGGAAUGACUAGGGAUGACUAGGGAUGACUAGAGAUGAAUAAGGAUGACUAGAGAAUGACUAAGGAUGACUAGACAAUUAGGGGAUGACUAGGGAUGACGAGGGAUGACUAGGGAUGACUAGGGAUGACUAGGGAUGACUACAGAUGACUAGGGAUGACUAGAGACAACCAGGGAUGACUAAGGAUGACUAAGGAUGAUACGGAUGACGAGGGAUGACUAGGGAUGACUAAGGACGACUAGGGAUGACUAGGGAUGACUAAGGAUGAGUAGGGAUGACUAAGGAUGUCUAAGGAUGAAUAAGGAUGAUAAGGGAUGAUAACUAGGGAUGACUAGGAUGACUAGAGAUGAUAAGCAAUGACUAGGGAUGACUAGGGAUCACAAGGGAUGACGAGGAUGACGAGCCAUGACUAGGGAUGACUACAGAUGACCAGGGAUGACUAGAGAUAACUAGGGAUGACUAAGGAUGACUAAGGAUGACUAGGGAUGACGAGUGAUGACUAGGGAUGACUAAGGACGAUAAGGAUGACUAGGGAUGACUAAGGAUGACUAGGGAUGACUAAGGAUGACUAAGGAUGAAUAAGGAUGAUAAGGGAUAAAAAAAAAGACUAGGAUGACUAGGGAUGACUAGGGAUGACUAGGGAUGAAUAAGGAUGACUAAGGAUGACUAGGGACGACUUGGGAUGACGAGGGAUGACUAGGAUGACUAGCGAUGACUAGAGACGACGAGGGAUGACUAGGAUGACUAAGGAUGACUUGGGAUGACUAGGAAUGACUAGGAUGACUAGGGAUAACUAGGGAUGAUGAGGAUGGCUAGAAAUGACUACGGAUGACUAGGAAUGACUAGGGAAGACUAGAGAUGACUAGGGAUGACUAGGGAUGACUAGGGGUGACUAAGGAUGACUUAGGAUGACCAAGGAUGACAAAGGGAAGACUAGGGAUGACGAGGGAUGACUAAGAAUGACUAGGGAUCACUAGGAAUGACUAGGGAUGACUAGGGAUGACUAGAGAUGAAUAGGCAUGACUAAGGAUGACUAGGGACAAUUAGGGAUGACUAGGGAUGACGAGGGAUGACUAGGGAUGACUAGGGAUGACUAGGGAUGACUAGUGAUAACUAGGGAUGACUAGGAUGACUAGACAUGACAACAAAAUGACUAGGGAUGACUAGGGAUGACUAGGGAUCACAAGGGUUGACGAGGGAUGACGAGCGAUGACUAGGGAUGACUACAGAUGACUAGGGAUGACUAGAGAUAACUAGGGAUGACUAAGGAUGACUAAGGAUGACUAGGGAUGACGAGUGAUGACUAGGGAUGACUAAGGACGACUAGGGAUGACUAGGGAUGACUAAGGAUGACUAGGGAUGACUAAGGAUGACUAAGGAUGAAUAAGGAUGAUAAGGGAUAAAAAAAAAAGACUAAGGAUGACUAGGGAUGACUAGGGAUCACAAGGGAUGACGAGGGAUGACGAGCGAUGACUAGGGAUGACUAGGGAUGACUAGGGAUGACUAGAGAUCACUAGUGAUAACUAGGGAUGACUAGGGAUGACUAGGAUGACUAGAGAUGACAUGGAAUGACUAGGGAUGAUUAGGGAUGACGAGGGAUGACUAGGGAGAACUAGGGAUGACAAGGGAUGACAAAGUAAGACUAGGGAUGGCCAAGGGAUGACUGGGGAUGACUAGGGAAGACUAGAGCUAACCAGGAAUAAAUAGGGAUGCCUAGAGAUGACGAAGGAGGACUAGGGAUAACUAGGGAUGACGAGGGAUGACUAAGGACAACUAGGAACGACUAGGGAUGACUAAGGAUAACUAGAAAAGACUAGUGCUGACUAGGGAUGCCAAGAGAAGACCCUAGCCAUCUUAUUAUUAUCCUAGUCAUCCUUGUCACCCUUGGUCAUCCCUAGUCAUCACUAGGGAUGACUAGGGAUGACUAAGGAUGACUAGGGAUGACUAGGGAUGACAAGGAAUGACUAGGAAAGACUAAGGAUCACGAGGGAUGACUAGGGAUAACUAGGGAUGACUAGGGAAGACUGAGGAUGACUAGGAAUGACUAAAGACGACUAAGGAUGACUAGGAAUGACUAGAAAUGACUAGGAUGACCAUGGAUGACUAGGGAUGAUGAGAGAUGACUAGCAAUGACAAAGGAUGACUAGGGAUGACUAGGGAUGACACGAUGACUAGAGAUGACUAAGGAUGACAAGGAAACACUAGGGAUGAUUAGGGAUGACUAAGGAUAACGAGGAUAACUACAAAUAACUAGGAUCACUAAGGAUGAGUAGAUCUGACUAGGGAUGACUAAAGAUGACUAGGGAUGACUAGGGAUGAAAGGGAUGACAAGGAUCACUAGCAAUGACUAGGGAUGACUAGGGAUGACUAGGGAUGAUGAGGGAUGACUAAGGAUGACUAGGGACAACUAAGGAUGACUAGGGAUGACUAGGGAUGACGAGGGAUGACUAGAGAUGACAAGGAUGACUAGGGAUGACUAGGAAUGACUAGAGAGAUGACUAGGGAUGACUAGGGAUGACGAGGGAUGACUAGGGAUGACUAGGGAUGAAUAAGAAUGACUAUGGAUGACUAGGGAUAACGAAGGAUGACUAAGGAUGACUAGGGAUGACUAGGAAUAACUAGAGAUGACAUGAAAUGACUAGAGAUGACUAGGGAUGACCAGGAAUGAAUAAGGAUGACUUGGGCUUACUAGGGAUGAUGAGGGAUGACUAAGGAUGACUAGGGAUGACUAGGAACGAAUACAGAUGACAAGGAAUGACUAGAGAUGACUAGGGAUGACUAGGGAUGACUAGGGAUGAAUAAGGAUGACUAGGGAUGACUAGGGACGACUAGGGAUGACGAUGGAUGACUAGGGAUGACUAGAGAUGACGAGGGAUGACUAGGGAUGACUAAGGAUGACUAGGGAUGACUAGAAAUGACUAGGGAUGACUAGGGAUAACUAGGGAUGAUGAGGGAUGGCUAGAAAUGACUAGGGAUGACUAGGAAUGACUAGGAAUGACUAGGGAAGACUAGAGAUGACUAGGGAUGACUAGGGAUGACUAGGGGUGACUAAGGAUGACUUAGGAUGACUAAGGAUGACAAGGGAAGACUAGGGAUGACGAGGGAUGACAAAGAAUGACUAGGGAUCACUAGGAAUGACUAGAGAUGACUAGGGAUGACUAGAGAUGAAUAAGUAUGACUAAGGAUGACUAGGGAUAAUUAGGGAUGACUAGGGAUGACGAGGGAUGACUAGGGAUGACUAGGGAUGACUAGGGAUGACUACAGAUGACUAGGGAUGACUAGAGAUAACUAGGGAUGACUAAGGAUGACUAAGGAUGACUACGGAUGACGAGUGAUGACUAGGGAUGACUAAGGACGACUAGGGAUGACUAGGGAUGACUAAGGAUGAGUAGGGAUGACUAAGGAUGUCUAAGGAUGAAUAAGGAUGAUAAGGGAUGAUAACUAGGGAUGACUAGGAUGACUAGAGAUGAUAAGCAAUGACUAGGGAUGACUAGGGAUCACAAGGGAUGACGAGGGAUGACGAGCCAUGACUAGGGAUGACUACAGAUGACUAGGGAUGACUAGAGAUAACUAGGGAUGACUAAGGAUGACUAAGGAUGACUAGGGAUGACGAGUGAUGACUAGGGAUGACUAAGGACGAGUAAGGAUGACUAGGGAUGACUAAGGAUGACUAGGGAUGACUAAGGAUGACUAAGGAUGAAUAAGGAUGAUAAGGGAUAAAAAAAAAGACUAAGGAUGACUAGGGAUGACUAGGGAUGACUAGGGAUGAAUAAGGAUGACUAAGGAUGACUAGGGACGACUUGGGAUGACGAGGGAUGACUAGGGAUGACUAGCGAUGACUAGAGACGACGAGGGAUGACUAGGGAUGACUAAGGAUGACUUGGGAUGACUAGGAAUGACUAGGGAUGACUAGGGAUAACUAGGGAUGAUGAGGGAUGGCUAGAAAUGACUACGGAUGACUAGGAAUGACUAGGGAAGACUAGAGAUGACUAGGGAUGACUAGGGAUGACUAGGGGUGACUAAGGAUGACUUAGGAUGACUAAGGAUGACAAGGGAAGACUAGGGAUGACGAGGGAUGACUAAGAAUGACUAGGGAUCACUAGGAAUGACUAGAGAUGACUAGGGAUGACUAGAGAUGAAUAGGUAUGACUAAGGAUGACUAGGGAUAAUUAGGGAUGACUAGGGAUGACGAGGGAUGACUAGGGAUGACUAGGGAUGACUAGGGAUGACUAGUGAUAACUAGGGAUGACUAGGAUGACUAGACAUGACAAGCAAUGACUAGGGAUGACUAGGGAUGACUAGGGAUCACAAGGGUUGACGAGGGAUGACGAGCGAUGACUAGGGAUGACUACAGAUGACUAGGGAUGACUAGAGAUAACUAGGGAUGACUAAGGAUGACUAAGGAUGACUAGGGAUGACGAGGGAUGACUAGGGAUGACUAAGGACGACUAGGGAUGACUAGGGAUGACUAAGGAUGACUAGGGAUGACUAAGGAUGACUAAGGAUGAAUAAGGAUGAUAAGGGAUAAAAAAAAAAGACUAAGGAUGACUAGGGAUGACUAGGGAUCACAAGGGAUGACGAGGGAUGACGAGCGAUGACUAGGGAUGACUAGGGAUGACUAGGGAUGACUAGAGAUCACUAGUGAUAACUAGGGAUGACUAGGGAUGACUAGGAUGACUAGAGAUGACAAGGAAUGACUAGGGAUGAUUAGGGAUGACGAGGGAUGACUAGGGAGAACUAGGGAUGACAAGGGAUGACAAAGUAAGACUAGGGAUGGCCAAGGGAUGACUGGGGAUGACUAGGGAAGACUAGAGCUAACCAGGAAUAAAUAGGGAUGCCUAGAGAUGACGAAGGAGGACUAGGGAUAACUAGGGAUGACGAGGGAUGACUAAGGACAACUAGGAACGACUAGGGAUGACUAAGGAUAACUAGAAAAGACUAGUGCUGACUAGGGAUGCCAAGAGAAGACCCUAGCCACCCUACACAUCCUAGUCAUCCUUGUCACCCUUGGUCAUCCCUAGUCAUCACUAGGGAUGACUAGGGAUGACUAAGGAUGACUAGGGAUGACUAGGGAUGACAAGGAAUGACUAGGAAAGACUAAGGAUCACGAGGGAUGACUAGGGAUAACUAGGGAUGACUAGGGAAGACUAAGGAUGACUAGGAAUGACUAAAGACGACUAAGGAUGACUAGGAAUGACUAGAAAUGACUAGGAUGACCAUGGAUGACUAGGGAUGAUAAGAGAUGACUAGCAAUGACAAAGGAUGACUAGGGAUGACUAGGGAUGACACGAUGACUAGAGAUGACUAAGGAUGACAAGGAAACACUAGGGAUGAUUAGGGAUGACUAAGGAUAACGAGGGAUAACUACAAAUAACUAGGGAUCACUAAGGAUGAGUAGAUCUGACUAGGGAUGACUAAAGAUGACUAGGGAUGACUAGGGAUGAAAGGGAUGACAAGGGAUCACUAGGGAUGACUAGGGAUGACUAGGGAUGACUAGGGAUGAUGAGGGAUGACUAAGGAUGACUAGGGAUAACUAAGGAUGACUAGGGAUGACUAGGGAUGACGAGGGAUGACUAGAGAUGACAAGGGAUGACUAGGGAUGACUAGGAAUGACUAGAGAUGACUAGGGAUGACUAGGGAUGACGAGGGAUGACUAGGGAUGACUAGGGAUGAAUAAGAAUGACUAUGGAUGACUAGGGAUAACGAAGGAUGACUAAGGAUGACUAGGGAUGACUAGGAAUAACUAGAGAUGACAUGAAAUGACUAGAGAUGACUAGGGAUGACCAGGAAUGAAUAAGGAUGACUAGGGCUUACUAGGGAUGAUGAGGGAUGACUAAGGAUGACUAGGGAUGACUAGGAACGAAUAGAGGUGACAAGGAAUGACUAGAGAUGACUAGGGAUGACUAGGGAUGAAUAAGGAUGACUAGGGAUGACUAGGGACGACUAGGGAUGACGAUGGAUGACUAGGGAUGACUAGAGAUGACGAGGGAUGACUAGGGAUGACUAAGGAUGACUAGGGAUGACUAGGAAUGACUAGGGAUGACUAGGGAUAACUAGGGAUGAUGAGGGAUGGCAAGAAAUGACUAGGGAUGACUAGGAAUGACUAGGAAUGACUAGGGAAGACUAGAGAUGACUAGGGAUGACUAGGGAUGACUAGGGGUGACUAAGGAUGACUUAGGAUGACUAAGGAUGACAAGGGAAGACUAGGGAUGACGAGGGAUGACUAAGAAUGACUAGGGAUCACUAGGAAUGACUAGAGAUGACUAGGGAUGACUAGAGAUGAAUAAGUAUGACUAAGGAUGACUAGGGAUAAUUGGGGAUGACUAGGGAUGACGAGGGAUGACUAGGGAUGACUAGGGAUGACUAGGGAUGACUACAGAUGACUAGGGAUGACUAGAGAUAACUAGGGAUGACUAAGGAUGACUACGGAUGACGAGUGAUGACUAGGGAUGACUAAGGACGACUAGGGAUGACUAGGGAUGACUAAGGAUGAGUAGGGAUGACUAAGGAUGACUAAGGAUGAAUAAGGAUGAUAAGGGAUGAUAACUAGGGAUGACUAGGAUGACUAGAGAUGAUAAGCAAUGACUAGGGAUGACUAGGGAUCACAAGGGAUGACGAGGGAUGACGAGCCAUGACUAGGGAUGACUACAGAUGACUAGGGAUGACUAGAGAUAACUAGGGAUGACUAAGGAUGACUAAGGAUGACCAGGGAUGACGAGUGAUGACUAGGGAUGACUAAGGACGAGUAGGGAUGACUAGGGAUGACUAAGGAUGACUAGGGAUGACUAAGGAUGACUAAGGAUGAAUAAGGAUGAUAAGGGAUAAAAAAAAAAGACUAAGGAUGACUAGGGAUGACUAGGGAUGACUAGGGAUCACAAGGGAUGACAAUGGAUGACGAGGGAUGACUAGGGAUGACUAGGGAUGACUAGGGAUGACUAGAGAUGACUAGUGAUAACUAGGGAUGACUAGGGAUGACUAGGAUGACUAGAGAUGACAAGGAAUGACUAGGGAUGAUUAGGGAUGACGAGGGAUGACUAGGGAGAACUAGGGAUGACAAGGGAUGACAAGGUAAGACUAGGGAUGACCAAGGGAUGACUGGGGAUGACUAGAGAAGACUAGAGCUAACCAGGAAUAAAUAGGGAUGCCUAGAGAUUACGAGGGAGGACUAGGGAUAAGUAGGGAUGACGAGGGAUGACUAAGGACAACUACGAACGACAAGGGAUGACUAAGGAUAACUAGGAAAGACUAGUGCUGACUAGGGAUGCCAAGAGAAGACCCUAGCCACCCUACACAUCCUAGUCAUCCUUGUCACCCUUCGUCAUCGCUAGUCAUCAAUAGGGAUGACUAGGGAUGACUAGGGAUGACAAGGAAUGACUAGGAAAGACUAAGGAUCACGAGGGAUGACUAGGGAUAACUAGGGAUGACUAGGGAAGACUAAGGAUGACUAGGAAUGACUAAAGACGACUAAGGAUGACUAGGAAUGACUAGAAAUGACUAGGAUGACCACGGAUGACUAGGGAUGAUGAGAGAUGACUAGCAAUGAGUAAGGAUGACUAGGGAUGACUAGGGAUGACACGAUGACUAGAGAUGACUAAGGAUGACAAGGAAACACUAGGGAUGAUUAGGGAUGACUAAGGAUAACGAGGGAUAACUUCAAAUAACUAGGGAUCACUAGGGAUGAGUAGAUAUGACUAGGGAUGACUAAAGAUGACUAGGGAUGACUAGGGAUGAAAGGGAUGACAAGGGAUCACUAGGGAUGACUAGGGAUGACUAGGGAUGACUAGGGAUGAUGAGGGAUGACUAGGGAUGACUAGGGAUACCUAAGGAUGACUAGGGAUGACUAGGGAUGAUGAGGGAUGACUAGAGAUGACAAGGGAUGACUAGGGAUGACUAAGAAUGACUAGAGAUGACUAGGGAUGACUAGGGAUGACGAGGGAUGACUAGGGAUGACUAGGGAUGAAUAAGAAUGACUAUGGAUGACUAGGGAUAACGAAGGAUGACUAAGGAUGACUAGGGAUGACUAGGAAUAACUAGAGAUGACAAGAAAUGACUAGAGAUGACAAGGGAUGACCAGGAAUGAAUAAGGAUGACUAGGGCUGACUAGGGAUGAUGAGGGAUGACUAAGGAUGACUAGGGAUGACUAGGAACGAAUAGAGAUGACAAGGAAUGACUAGAGAUGACUAGGGAUGACUAGGGAUGACUAGGGAUGAAUAAGGAUGACUAGGGAUGACUAGGGACGACUAGGGAUGACGAUGGAUCACUAGGGAUGACUAGGGAUGACUAGAGAUGACGAGGGAUGACUAGGGAUGACUAAGGAUGACUAGGGAUGACUAGGAAUGACUAGGGAUGACUAGGGAUAACUAGGGAUGAUGAGGGAUGGCUAGAAAUGACUAGGGAUGACUAGGAAUGACUAGGGAAGACUAGAGAUGACUAGGGAUGACUAGGGAUGACUAGGGGUGACUAAGGAUGACUUAAGAUGACUAGGGAUGACAAGGGAAGACUAGGGAUGACGAGGGAUGACUAAGAAUGACUAGGGAUCACUAGGAAUGACUAGAGAUGACUAGGGAUGACUAGAGAUGAAUAAGUAUGACUAAGGAUGACUAGGGAUAACAAGGGAUGACUAGGGAUGACGAGGGAUGACUAGAGAUGACUAGGGAUGACUAGGGAUGACUAGAGAUGACUAUAUAUGACUAGGGAUGACUAGAAAUGACUAGGGAAGACUAGGGAUGACGAGGAAUGACUAGAAAUGACUACAGAUGACUAGGGAUGAGUAGGGAUGACGAGGGAUGACUAGGGAUGACUAGGGAUGACUAAGGAUGACUAGGGAUGACCAGGGAUGACGAAGGAUGACUAGGGAUGACCAGGGAUGACUAGAGAUGACUAGGGAUGACUAGGGAUGAAUAAGGAUGACUAGGGAUUACUAGGGAUGACGAGGGAUGACUAAGGAUGACUAGGGAUGACUAGGGAUGACUAGGAAUGACUAGAGAUGACAAAAAAUGACUAGAGAUGACUAGGGAUGACUAGGGAUGAAUAAGGAUGACUAGGGAUGACUAGGAAUGACGAGGGAUGACUAGGGAUGACUAGGGAUGACUAGGGAUGACUACAGAUGACUAAGGAUGACAAGGGAUGACUAGAGAUGACUAGGGAUGCCUAAAGAUGACUAGGGAUGACGAGGGAUGACUAGGGCUGACUAAGGGCGACUAGGGAUGACUAGGGAUGACGAGGGAUGACUAGGGACGACUAAGGAUGACUAAGGAUAAAUAAGGAUGAUUAUGGAUGAAUAAGGAUGACUAGGGAUGACUAGGAAUGACUAGGGAUCAUAAGGGAUGACGAGGGAUGACUAGGGAUGACUAGGGAUGACUAGAGAUGACUAGUGAUAACUAGGGAUGACUAGGGAUGACUAGGAUGACUAGAGAUGACAAGCAAUGACUAGGGAUGACUAGGGAUGACUAGGGAUGACUAGGAUGACUAGAGAUGACAAGCAAUGACUAGGGAUGACUAGGGAUGACUAGGAUGACUAGAGAUGACAAGCAAUGACUAGGGAUAACUAGGGAUGACGAGGGAUGACUAGGGAUAACUAGGGAUGACUAGGGAUGAGAAGGGAAGACUAGGGAUAACUAGGGAUGAGUGGGGAUGACGAGGGAAGACUAGAGAUAACAAGGAAUAAAUAGGGAUGUCUAGGGAUGACGAGGAAUGACUAGGGAUAACUAGGGAUGACGAGGGAUGACUAGGGAUGACUAGGGAAGACUAAGGAUGACUAGGGAUGACUAGGGAUGACUAGGGAUGACUACGGAUUACUAGGGAUAUCUAGGGAUGAAUACGGAUGACAAGGGAUGACUAGGAAUCACUAGGGAUGACGAGGGAUGACUAAGGACAACUAGGAAUGACUAGGGAUGGCUAAGGAUAACUAGGGAAGACUAGGGUUGACUAGGGAUGCCAAGGGAAGACCUUAGCCACCCUACACAUCCUAGAUGACUAGGGAUGACUAGGGAUGACUAGGGAUGACGAGGGAUGACUAGGGAUGACUAGAGAUGACUAGGGAUGAAUAGGGAUGACUAGGAAUCACUAGGGAUGAGGGGGGAUGACUAGGGAUAACCAGGGAUGAUUAGGGAUGACUAGGAAUGACUAAGGAUAACUAGGGGACACUAGGGAUGACUAGGGAUGCCAAAGGAAGACUAGAAAUGACAAGGAAUGACUAGGGAUGACUAGAGAUGACUAAUAUGACUAGGGAUUACUAGGGAUGACUAGGAAUAACUAGGGAUGACUAGGGAUGACUAGAGAAGACUAAGAGUGACUAGGAAUGCCUAGGGAUGACGAGGGAUGACUAGAGGUGACUAAAGAUGACUAAGAAUGACUAGGGAUCACUAGGGAUCAGUAGGGAUGACUAGGGAUCACUAGGGAUGACGAGGGAUCACUAGAGAUGACCAAGGAUGACUACGGAUGACUAGGAAUGACUAAAGAUGACAAGAAUGACCAGACAUCACUAGAAAUGACUAAGGAUGACUAAGGAUGAAUAAGGAUGACUAGGAAUGACUAGGGAUGACGAGGGAUGACGAGGGAUGACUAGGGAUGACUAGAGAUGACUAAGGAUGACAAGGGAUGACUAGAGAUGACUAGGGAUGACUAGGGAUGACUAGGGAUGACUAGGGAUGACUAGGGAUGACUAGGGAUGACUAAGGAUGACUAGGGAUGACUAGGGAUGACUAGAGAUGACUAGGGAUGACUAUGGAUGACUAGGGAAGACUAAGGAUGACUAAGGAUGACUAGGAAAGACCAGAGAUGACCAGGAAUGACAAGGGAUGACUAGGGAUGACUAGGGAGGAAUAAGGAUGACUAGGGAUGACAAGGGAAGACUAAGGUUGACUAGGGAUGACUAGGGAUGACUAUGGAUGACUAGGGAUGACAAGGGAAGACUAAGGAUGACUAUGGAUGUCUAGGGAUGACUAGGGAUUACAAGGGAAGACAAAGGUUGACUAGGGAUGACAAGGGAAGACUAAGGAUGACUAUGGAUGACUAGGGAUGACUAAAGAUGACUAAGAAUGACUAGGGAUCACUAGGGAUGACUAGGGAUGCCUAAAGAUGACUAGGGAUGACGAGGGAUGACUAGGGCUGACUAAGGGCGACUAGGGAUGACUAGGGAUGACGAGGGAUGACUAGGGACGACUAAGGAUGACUAAGGAUAAAUAAGGAUUAUUAUGGAUGAAUAAGGAUGACUAGGGAUGACUAGGAAUGACUAGGGAUCAUAAGGGAUGACUAGGGAUGACUAGGGAUGACUAGGGAUGACUAGUGAUAACUAGGGAUGACUAGGGAUGACUAGGAUGACUAGAGAUGACAAGCAAUGACUAGGGAUGACUAGGGAUGACUAGGGAUGACUAGGAUGACUAGAGAUGACAAGGAAUGACUAGGGAUGACUAGGGAUGACUAGGGAUGACUAGGAUGACUAGAGAUGACAAGCAAUGACUAGGGAUAACUAGGGAUGACAAGGGAUGACUAGGGAUAACUAGGGAUGACUAGGGAUGAGAAGGGAUGAGUAGGGAUGACUAGGGAUGACUGGGGAUGACUAAGGGAAGAUGAGAGGAUAACAAGGAAUAAAUAGGGAUGACUAGGGAUGACUUGGGAUGAGAGGAUGACUAGGAAAGACUAGAGAUGACAAGGAAUGACAUGGGAUGACUAGGGAUGACUAAGGAUGACUAGGGAUGACAAGGCAAGACUAAGGAUGACUAGGGAUGACAAGGGAAGACUAAGGAUGACUAGGGAUGACUAGGGAUCACUAUGGAUGACCAAGGAUGACUAGGGAAGACUAAGGAUGACUAUGGAUGACUAGGGAUGACUAUGGAUGACUAGGGAUGACUAGGGAUGAGUAGGGAUGACUAAGGAUGACUAGGAAUGACUAGAGAUGACUAGGAUGACUAGGGAUAACGAGGGAUGACUAGGGAUGACUAAGGAUGACUAGGGAUGACUAGGGAUGACUAGGGAUGACUAGGGAUGACUAGGGAUGACUAGGGAUGACUAGGGAUGACUAGGGAUGACUAGGGAUUACGAGAGAUGACUAGGGAUGACUAAGGAUGACUAGGGAUGACUAGGGAUGACUAGGGAUGACUAGGGAUGACUAGGGAUGACUAGGGAUGACUAGGGAUAACUAGGGAUAGCUAGGGAUGACUAGGGAUGACUAGGAUGACUAGGAAUGACUAGGAAUGACUAGGGAUGACUAGGGAUGACUAGGAUGACUAGAGAUGACUAGGAUGACUGGGAUGACUAGGGAUGACUAGGGAUGACUUGGGAUGACUAAGGAAGGCUAGGGAUGACUGGGAUUACUAGGGAUGACUAGGGAUUCCUAGAGAUGACUAGGGAUGAAAAGGGAUGACUAGGGAUGACUGGGAUUACUAGGGAUGACUAGGGAUGAGUAGGGAUGACUGGGAUGACUGGGAUGACUAGGAAUGAUGAGGGAUAACUAGGAAUGACUAGGGAUGACUAGGGACAACUAGGGAUGACUAGGGAUGACUAGGGAUGACUAGGAUGACUGGGAUGACUAGGGAUGACUAGGGAUGACUAGGGAUGACUUGGGAUGACUAAGAAAGGGUAGUGAUGACUAGAGAUGACUGGGAUGAAAAGGGAUGACUAGUCACCCAAGUAACCCUAGCCACCCUACACAUCCUAGUCAUCCUACACAUCCUAGUCACCCUAGUCACUAAUCUUAGGUCACCCUAUUUACCCUACCCUAGUUACGCUAGUGAUUCUCAUCACUCUACUUACCCAAGACACCCAAGUCACCCUAGUUGACCUAGUCACCCAAGUCGCCCUACUCACCCAAGUCACUCACGUCACCCUAGUCACCCAAGUCACUAAAGUCACCCUAGUCAUCCUACUCACCCAAGUCACCCUAGCCACCUAAGUCAUCACAGUGAUCCUCAUCCUAGUCACCCUUUUAACCUAUGCAACUAAGUAACCCUAGUGAUCCUUAUUACCCUAGUCACCCUUAUCACCCUAGUCUCUCAAGUCACCCAAGUGAUCCUCAUCAACCUUGUCACCAUAGUCAUUCUAGUCACCCUAGUUACCUUUUUCACUCCAGUCAUUCUAGUUAUUGUAGUCUCCCCAGUCAGCUUAGCCCUUUUAGGCAUAUUUAUUUGCUUGUCUUUAUCAUUAUCGUACUGUUUUUGUUAUUGUACUAUAUAUCAUUCCUGUACUUUCACUCGUUUUAGUUACUUUAUAGUACAUGCGUACCUGUACAGGUUGCUAUGCCCCCAAAACCAUUACAAAAUAUACCCAAGAAAUAAUUAUUACAAUGUAUGAAGAAUAACUGUAAUGAAGAGUGCAAUGUAAAACUUACAUUUUGGUUCUGCCUUUUUUGUGUUACUCUUCUGGGUAACAACUGUCAGCUGUCAGUCCAUUACACUGGAGACUCAUGACUGCAACAAAACAAAAAGUCAUUUAAGGAAAUGAAAAUAAAGGAGUCAUGCACAGCCAUGUGACUGGUAGGCAUUAGGAGGUAACGUUGCCGAGCGGUUAAAACACUGGACUUGCAAUUUGGAGGCCCGGAGUUCAAGUCGCGCCCUGGCCGCUAGCCGGAUUUGUACACGGUAGUUCCGAGUUCAAAUUCUCUCCUUCACUUGUAAAUAACCACCUGGUUUGCCUCCCGCCAGUCGGAAUUCUUAACCCUGUUAUGUUUGAUUUGAAUUACUAUUGUCUUGUUUCAGUCAUUUGCUCAGCCCCACUAGCAUAAUUGCUAUAAAUACUGCCGAGGGUAAAUAGAGGGAAUAUUAUUAAUAUUGCUAUUAAUAUCAUUAAGAUGUGUAAACUGUAAGUGGGAAUUCAGGUCUGUUUACAAGGCAUUCCCUUUACAUAUAUAACUGGCUCUCUAGUCUAGGCUGUAGCAGCUAAAGCAACUGCACGGGAAGACAAUGUGAGCAAAAACGAUUGACUUCCAUGAAAGCACUGUGAAAUUACUUAAGCCCUGCUAAAGCCCAAGACCACCUCACAUAUGAUUAUUGGUGGAGACUGCUGGCCAGCAUUGUCUCAUGUUUAACCUGGCCUAAAUUUAGCUGCAUAUAAAAAGAGAAAGGCGGCAAGAGGUAUAAGGUGGUCGAUAGAUAGAAGUGGUACAAACACUGCAAAGUCAACAUAAGUGAGGCGGCAUUGGACAGUGGGAUAAUAAAACUGAAACUAGGAAAGGGUAAAAAGGUGGUACAGGUGAUAACAAAACUAAUGAAUAAAAUAGGAGGGAAAGGAAAGAAGAAAAAAGGAAAGAACAGAAAAGGGGGAUUCAGAGUAGUAGUAGCAUAGUAGCUUUUUAACAUCCCUCAGUUCAGAUUUCGAAAACAUUAAAAGAAGGAAAAACACCAUGAUAAAAAGAUAAACCUUGCAUUCCAGUCGAAGACUCUCUAAUUUUAGGAAACUCGAAAACGGCCAUGACAGACCUAUUUUCGAAUAUGUCCUUUCAAAAUAAAAGUUUGAAAGGACACAUGUCCUUUUAACUAAGAAAAAUUAUUUCCAGCACUGCUUAGUGAUUUUUUUUCUUCACAUACGGUAAAAUUCCGAAGAUAAGCCCCUCCAAAAACAAGCCCCCCAAACUGGUAAUGCAAAAAACCCUCUGCAGGGGUGGAUCUAGGGGGAGGGUGCAGGGGGUGCACACCCCCCCCGACCCUGAGAUGACCUGCUGUUUUCUAAUACAACUGGUAUUCUGCAAAAAAAAAACUAUGUGGUUUAUUGGUGUUGAAGUAGAGCAAGAGACGAGUGCACCCCCUCCUAAAAAAAAUCCAGGAUCCGCACCUGCUCCGUUAAAUCGCCCCUCCAAAUAUAAGCCCCGCAGGAGCUUGUACUCGGAAAAUUGCCCUCAAAUACAAAGUAAAACAAAGAAAAAUGGUAAAUUUACUUCCAGAUAUAAGGCUAACCCAAUCGAUUUUGAAACGCAAAUUUCCCUCCGUAGGUAAGCCCCUUCCUAAGCCCCUCCAAAAAUAAUCCCCUCAAAAAGGGCCUUUGAAAAAUAUAAGCCCCACGGCAUAUUUUCAGAAUUUUAUGGUACCCACACCCAGUUACACCUCAACAUUCCACCUGAAUUUUUAUGCUUGUGACUGAAUUACAACAUUGUCAGAAUAACAGUAUAGCUGUUACAGGUCAAAAUUAAAUCCAGGUUAAAAUUUUUAAACCUACUAGUAGGUUGAUUCUCAAUUUCCUUUCUCCUAGCUCUGAUUAUUCAUGAAUUGGGGUUAGGAGACAAAGGAAAUUGAGAAUCAACCUAGGUUAAAAAAUUUUAACCUGAAGUUUAUUCUGACCAGUAACAUAGCCAAACACUAGACUUAAAAGUUUUUUUGCCAAUGUUUCAGUGUUUAUUUGUAGUUAAGCAAGCUCCCAUACUGAGAACUGUUAUUGUAAGUGGCCAGCUCCAGAAAAGAAAACCCUCUUCACGUCCCUAGAAUGUCCCUAGAGAGCUUCCACUGUAUUAAUAAUAACGGCAGCAAACAGAAAAAGGGAACAAGAGGGGAAAAUGAGAAGUGGCCAACAAGAGAAUAUUAGUAAAUGAAAAAAAUGGAAACAAAAUACAAAUUAAAGCAGAAAUGUAUCAAUUUCUCUGCUCUAAUUUGUAUUUUGUUCAUUAAUGCGUCGACAGACCUUACUAACGGAUCCAUUGUAAAAGUUGAAACAUGUGGCAGGAUCUUUUCUAGAAAUUGACUCUUAACGAAGGGCUAUCAUGAGGAAAAAUUAGAUUCUGGUUACUGUUAGGGGUAACAGGAUAAAGUCCAUGCAAAAAUGGAGAAAAACUAAAACACUCUGUAGCUUUCCAUUUCUGCCAGCACUAGCUAGGAAAUUGGGCACGUGACUUUACACCAACACAAAACAUUUUGAUUACCCACCCAUCCCUUGCUGACCCCUCUUAACCCAAGCAAUUCCACCUAAUUCAAAAUUAUUACCUGAGCAACUACUAUGUAAUUUCGUUAGCUCUUAAAUUUCCUUGUAAGCUUAAACCGUUACAUCAUACCUGUGCUUUGAUCAAAAUUCUCCAUCCCGUGCACGAUAAUUCUGAUCAUUGAAUUCAUUGACUUGGGUUUGUACACAGCCUUGAUCCUUUUCGUUCAAAAUAAAGUACUUUCUUUUUAUCACAGUUAAACGAUCCAGAAGUUGAUAAACCACUUAACUGAAAGAUCAAGCUGCUUUUUUGCAGAAACCUUGCGCAUUCGAUUAGAAUUAGAAAUCAGGCGCCAUCUUGGUUUCUCUGGUCCCAAGCUCCACUCGGUCAAAACUUGGGGAGCUGCCGGGGGAGGCGUGAGGUGAGAAGUCGGUGGGGGGCUGCCUUGGGGUUGCCAAACCUAAGAAGCGAACAGAGGUGUAAAAGCCUCCUUUACAGCCGAUUUACCGGAUUUAAAGUAUUUUAGUUAAUUUUUUCUUAUCCCAUGUAUCAAAAAACAUAUUAAAAACUGGCAUGUUACUACACAGGCAUCCCAAGCCAAGACGGAUAAGUAGGAUCUAGCUAUGAAGAGCCAAUGCAUUUCGGUAAAAUUGUAGUAAAAUUGUAGCUAUAACUGUCGGCCAGUAAACGUGCAAAACGUUAGGUAGGACAAAUAAUCAAAUACACAUCAAGUGCGAAUACGUCCGAAUAGCAUGUCGUAAAGAUGCCACGACUUGGGAUCAUAUUUUUCUCACGUUACCCACAACCGAACGUAUACAUUAAGGUCGUUAAGCGUUUUUCGAAAGUUGGAAAGUGGAAAAGUAAAAUGCCUGUUUCAUUUUCAUUUUUUCCCGAUUUAAAAAGAGAUAAAGGUGUACCUUUACAACAAUCGAUUUACCGUAAAAUUCCGAAAAUAAACCCCUCCAUGUAUAAGCCCCUCCAAAUAUAAGCCCCCCAAAAUCGUAACGCAAAAAACCCUCCGUUAAAUCGCCCCUCCGAAUGUAAGCCCCCGGGGGGCUUGUACUUGGAAUUUGCCCUCGAAUACAAAGUAAAACAAAGCAAAAAUGGUAAAUUUCCUUUCCACUACAAGUUAGCCCAGUCAAUUUUGAAACGCAAAUUUCCCUCCGUACAUAAGCCCCUCCGAAUAUAGGCCCCUCCAAAAAUAAGCCCCUCAAAAAGGGCCUUUGAAAAAUAUAAGCUCCGGGGCUUAUUUUCGGAAUUUUACGAUAUUUCAUUGAUACUUAAAAUGGACAAACAACAAUAUUAGCCCGGGGGGGGACUCCCAUAUGAAACAGACGGGGAUGCUCGUCGUCUCGCUUAGGGGUGUAAAUUUUGUAUUUUGGUCUCGCUUAGGGUGUUCCGGGCAAAGCGCCAAUAUUUUAAGCCGCGAAGGUCUCGUUUAGGGUUCCGCAAAGAACCUGAGAUUUAUGACAAUGCUUUUAAAAACUACUAUUAGAUAAAAGAAUUCGAUGAUUAUGUUAGGCUCCUGCUUUAUAUCAUUGCAUGUCGUAUUUGUGUGUUUUUAAGCGGUCUCUUUUAGGGGUCACAAAAAGCUUGAGCCACGCCCAGAUGGUCUCCUUUAGGGGUUAAAUUCAAAAUUUCCGACGAGCAUACCCGUCUGUUUCAUAUGGGAGUCCCCCCCCCCGGGAAUAUUAGCCCAUGAUUUUUAACUUUAACACGUUUUCAUAGAGUAAAUGAUACACCGAAAAUCAUUUUUUAUGUUUCCUUUUCAACUUGAAGAUACCGAUUAGAAUUAACAAUGGGAAUGGAUGAUUGAAGAAUUCUUAGAGCCCGGACAGUCCGAGAAAUGUAUCCGAAAAUCUUUAAAGGGUCCAUACUGAUCACUCAACAUCUAUUCUACUGAGCCGCUAUUUUAAAAUGUUGACUUGCGCUUUAACGUCGAUCCAAAAAUAUCUUUAAAACACCGGGAGUUUAACUGCGCACGAUAUAAAGGAAGAGCGUGAGGAUCUUAAUGAUAUGAUGACGUCAUUGACGUUUUUUUAUUCCACCGCGAAGCCACAGUUGUAAUUAAAUGAGAAACCACAGCGUGAUAACUAGUACUCUGCUACGCAGCCGUUUUUAGUGCCGUCACGCAACGCUCCAUGAUAACCGUUCCGUGCUAGACUACUUCAAUACAUGCAGUACAUGUGUCAUUCUACUCCUGGUUAAUAACAGGAGUCAUGAACUCCUAAUAAUAAGAAGCCCUUUUCAUAUCAAUAGUUUCGCAGUUAGUCUCACUUUGAAACAGAGGCUUUGGCAAACUUGAAAAUAGCCUAUUGAACAAGUCCCGUGGUGGUCGCAAGGCAAAGUUCAAAGCAUGUUUCAUUUUUUAAGGUAGCUCGAUAGGGUUUUCCGGGUCAAUACCUCCCAAGUUUGAGCAUAAACUACGUCGCCAUUAACAAAGAUAUGGAAAAAUUACCACCACUUCUGUUCUAGAUAAUGAUGAAAAAUUGCUCUGAUCAGGAAUACAAUGACAUCGGAGUUGUCAUAGCAACGAAGUGAAGCCGUUACCUAUUUUACUUGUAACCGUAUUUCUCGGCACUAGGAACUGUUCUUCCAAAAUCGUUCAAGGCACUAGUUUCCUCCAGUAGCCGCCAUGAUGAAGUUUUUCUGGUUAGACAUGUUUCUAAUAAACCCCCCUAGCGGAAAUGUUAAAAUACACAAACCAAUAGCAAAACAUACUCGAAUGCUUUGAAAAAAGGAAAGGGGAAGACGGCAAAAAGUAAAUACUCUAGCUAACUUAUUAGCCAUACAUGGUUAGGAAUUUUUUUGUUGUUUGUAAGUUUAGUUAUUUGGAAAUAGUUGAUAUACUUUUUAUUGUAUAAGACUCUAAAUAAAUAAAACAUGUAUGUAUGUAUGUAUAUGUUACACAAUUUGUGUGUAACCAAUUUUUUUAUCGUAUAGUGUAAAUGUGCUGGAUUUACCGUUUGCUUCACCUAUAACAAUAUAUAUCGCUAAGUAUGUAUAUAAAUCAAUGUCAAAUAAAUGUUGAAUUACCUUACCUGUGGUAUAUCGUCGUCCUUUUGCCUCAAACGCGUUUUUUUGAGAGAUUUUGAAGGAUUUUGAGUUCUCCCUUUACAAAAUCCUUCAAAGUCGCUCAAAAAACCGCUUUUGAGGCAAAAGGACCACAGGUAAGGUUUCAACGUUUAUUUAACAUUGAUUUAUGUACAUACUUAGCGAUAUAUCGUUAUAGGUUAAGCAAACGGUAAAUCCAGCACAUCUACUACAAAAUAACAAUCGGUUACACACACAAAUUGUGUGGGCUCCCUGUGCUGAUAUCCUAUUUCUGGCGGGGAAAGUGGGAAGUGCGUUUCGAGCCUUUCGAGUUUCCCUUCAGAGUGACUGGCCAUGGCAAAUCGGCCACGGCAUUUUCAACAGUGUCGAUUUUGGCAAGUACUAAAAUUCUGUUACACAGGUGAGGCCGAGAGGGCCAAGAAUAAUGGUUUCGACUCUGUUAGGCUACGACGCUUCUUGCGAUCUUUAGUUUGGCGUCGCUCUUAUAAACAAACAAUUACCUAAUUAAAUUGCAGGGUAUAUAGACCACAUAUAAUAGGGGCCUAUUGAAACUAAUAAACAAAUCAAGCAAAACUAGGGAGCGGCGAUAAAAGUCAAUGUAAGCAACAGAAUUCAAGGGUUUAUAAGGGCAAAUUGACAACUCCCACCUUAGUUUUUGAAUAAACGUACGGUUGUCCUUGCAGCUGAUUAAAUUUGAUUGUUCCUUUCUCAGGGAUGGAUUAAAUAAUAAAUAUGAUGAUGAUAACGAUAAUAGCAAUAAAACCGGUUCUGAUUGGCCAUUUUCCCGAUGGCGUGAUUUAGAAUGCCAACCCUGAAGGAUUCUGGGAGAGCCUUUUGGCCAUUUUAAGGUUGUGUCUUGUGUCGAAAUGUAUUAUGGGGAUGUUUUAUGGGACGCAAUCGCGUUGCGAGAUGACGCAGUCGUCUCCCAAAACAGUCCCAUAGUGCAAUUCGACAUAAUACCGACCCGGUCUCGCACGCAACUUCAAAAUGGCUAAUGGAACGUUUUCAGUCACGUGACCAGCAUCGAUGCUAAUUUCUUGGGAAAAAAGGAAGCUUUUACACAAAAAAAGUGUUCCACUCACAGGGGAUUUUUUAGUACAACUAACAUGGCGCCGUUUUCAUUGUUUGGAACACUAAUAUGGCUGCCGUGACGUCAUAUGAAAGGCUCACUUCCCAAUUUGCAUUUCUUCCAUAAUACACCUUGUUUGCUCCCAAAUUUUGCGUAGCCUUUGUUUUUUAUCUCCCCUGGGUAUUACAGUCAUCACAAGGGAAACUAUCUCUAUCUCUAUUAUCUCAAAGAAGGCUUUUGACUAGGCCAUAACAUAAUGUGAACUGCUGAGAAUACAAAUCUGCAAACAGUCUAACCUCUCCUUACGGACACCUCUCUAUUACGGACAGUUCGUUUAGUCCCAGAAAUGCCAAAAAACUCUUCAUUCCCUACCUCUAUAAUACGGACACCUCUGUAAAGCGGACACUUGAUUCUGUCCCUUUGAUGUCCGUAUUAAAGAGGUUUGACUGUAUUUUGCAAAAUACCAGUUGAAAGCCGCAGGUCAUCUCAGGGGGGUGAGGGGGGGGGGGGGGUGCGCACCCCCUUUACCCUCCCCUUAGAUCAGCCCUGACUUAAUUUGUUGAUAAUCAGUUUAGUAUUGUUUCACUUCACGGAUAGUUGUCAUAAUCCUCACCGAGAAAGCCCAUCAGUCAUUUUGAACAAAAAUUAUACUUAGUCGUUGACUAGUCCCUAGGCCUCGCUUUUCCGCGCGGCCGAUUCGCUUUCCGGGUCACGUGGGUAACACACAAAGAAGGCCUAAGAAAAUGCCAUACAGGGAUUAGAUAACAUAAUCUGGAGGUGUUAGGUUAUCGCCUUACGUCAGUACGAACUUUACCAAAAAAUGAACGAGAACGAUAAUCUGGACAAAAUGUAAGAUCAGGAAACUUUCCCUGUGUAGCCUGCAAGGUGAUCAAGAGAUUCAUAAUCACGUUUACCGCAAACGGCAAACGUCAAUUUGUAACAUGUGACCAAGGUUUCGGUUUACUUAUCGUUUAUUGUUUAUUUUAUCUUCAUGUCAACUCAUCCAUGUGAAUUCUUUAGUACAGUCUAACCUCUCCUUACGGACACCUCUAUAAUACGGACACCUCUCUAUUACGGACAGUUCGUUUAGUCCCAGAAAUGCCAAAAAUCCUUCAUUCCCUACCUCUAUAAUACGGACACCUCUGUAAAGGGGACACUUAGUUCUGUCCCUUAUGUGUCCGUAUUAAAGAGGUUUGACUGUACAGUUUUUAUUUGUUCAAUUCCUAAUUUGAAAAAUUGUCAACGUGAAUCUGCCGUUUGUUGUAAACAAGUGAUUCUAAAUCUCUCUUAACACACUCCAAAGGAAUCUUUUUAAUUUAUUGUUUAUAGUUCUGCAACUUUAUUCCAGCCCGGAACACCGGAGUCCAGCCUUUAUGGUAAUUUAAGCGACGUCUUAAGUGACGUCAACGUAAAGUGAGUUGACACUGUAAUUACUCAAAUUAACCAGACUGAUUGAUGCAUGAGACUCGAUAUGACUCGGAAAACCAAUUCAAUCUUCUACGGCGAGCCGAGGCUUGCGUUUUUUCUUGUUGUUCCCAGGAUCUUGGUGAGUUUCAGCUUCUCCGUGCCUUCGUGCACUGUGACCGACCUGAAAAAAGGGAAGAUUGCCAGCUUAAUGGUGGAUAGUUUACCCAUAUAUAUUUGUCAUCGCUGACACAAGUACAGUCAAACUUUUCCAGACGGACAAACUUCCAACAAUUCCUGCAUUUUUAAUACGGACAGUUGUGCAAAGCGACGCUUGGAUCUGGCCCUGUCAUGUUCGUAUUAAGGUCUUUGACAAACCCUCACCCCGUUGUCAGCACGAAGCCUAAGAAAGGGUGGACUCUCCCUCUUUGCUACUGGCACGAGUUACUAGAUCUAGUAUACUUUUACAAGGCUACGCAUAAUAUGAUUCACUUAGAUCCGUCUGUUGUUACCUUCGUACGCGAAUGCGCGCGAAGAACCCUUAUAUCCGUAACGAGCUCUCAAUCUUUUGUGCCUAAAAAAUGUAGGACUUCUACCUUUCAGAAAUCUUUUUCCAUUAGAACCACUAGAAUCUGGAACCUGCUUAUUACUAGACUUGACCUAGAUAAUGUUACUUUUGAGAACUUUAAAUCUGUUCUUUACGGUUAUUACUCGCGCGGGCUCUAGCAAUGGUCCGGACUCUCCAAGGAGCUUCAACAGUAUUUGCUUGAAAUGUAACACAGCCAGGUUUUUAGACCAAGAAAUUAUCUGCUGCAUGUGAUUUAAAUUGCUACUUUUAUAUCUUUUUAUUUUUUGGGUCCGCAGUAAUUGGCUUUAGCUGUUGCGGUGUCCCUGCCCAAAUAUUUAAGUUAUUAUUAGUGUAUUGUUACCUUCUUAUUACUAUUGUUUAAAUAAAAAUAGAGUCCAGGAUUGACCUAGCCGGGAACGCCUAAUUAUUAAGCUGGUUUUGCAUCUGUAUGCGUUAUUUACUAGGUGUUUGAGGUCAAAAAGGCGGGAUAUUGGCCAAUAUACAGCAAUCAUGACUGAAAAAAAUAUAUCGACAGAAGAGUAAACAGUCAGAAAUCAGCCUGUCCAAUCACAACAGAUGCAGACAACCCAAUCAGAAUUAAUUUUACUCUCGAUUGAUGGAGAAGGGAGGAGGCUAUGUAUCAGAGCCCUUACCUCUUGGUGAAGCUGUUUCUCUGUUAUCAGCUUGGACCUGGAUAAUAGUUAAGAAAAUGUCUUAAAAUGUGCCAGUUCACGUGUGUAGAGUACCCACACUGCCUGCUCCGAAGAGCUAAUUAACUAAAUGUAGGUAGUGUGUAUUGAUAAAGUUGUUCUUGUUGUUAACCAACACACCCUGCCAAAAAAGUCUUUCCUUUGAUUGCUCGAUUUGACGUACUCGAAAAAGACUCUGCGCGUAAGAUCUUUGUUGAGCACAUGUUACACGUUGCUAGGAGACAGUCUCGAACUCAUGCCCUAUAGCUGUGUGCCUAGUACAGCGGGCUCAGUUUUGAUCAGCUUAUAAACAGACGGAUACUCGCACUAGAAAAAACUAGUUUGACAAGAGAGAACAAGACUGGUCCAGAAGUCUUGGCUUGACGCCAUUCAGACAGAGCCUCGAUCUUUUCUCCUCCCCGAUCAAGAGAAAACAAAAGGAGGCACUGCUCACAGGAAGCAUGACCUGGCUAAAUAGGAUCAAUUUAGGUUUUUGUGAAACUGUCCACCUACCUCUCCCCUAAGCUGACAUUAACACUUACUUCUCACUUAGGGCAAAAUGAUGGCUUAGGCGAGGGGUAGGUGGGCAGUUUCCUAGAAACCUAAACUGAUCCGCUAGGUAUUUGCCCCUUAACCCCUAACUCAUCCCCGUUGUCUCCCAGGGAGCUUUAGCAACGACGACGGGGACGGCAACCAGGACGUCAAAAAAGCAAUAGGUUUAUUACCCAAAACAACAACCUUGGAAGGGGAAUCACGCUUUUUUGUACAUUUCUUUACCUUCCUUGCACGACUACCACGUGAAAAUGCCUAAUUGCAAGUUUUAUGAAGGACGUAAACAAGCGACGACGAAUCUCUUUUUCUCUCUCUAAACUUGGGUGCGGUCCUCAAGAAAUCAACUCCAGGGAAAUUCGCCUACACUUGCCAUUUUCAGCAAAUUGGAAAAAAACGCGACAAAGAUUGAAAAAAAAGGGAAAUUCAUUUUAAAACUGACAUUGUCGCUGCCGUUGCCGUCGUCGAUGCUAAAGCUCCCUAUUAAUACAAACGAGGGAAGCGCGGUCAAGGGAAGCACGGGGGAUUAUGGGAUGGAUUUGAUGAUCGUCCACUUCGCAUCAGGGGACCCGUUUCUCGAAGAUCACGAUAACUUUCCGGGCUCGAAAAGUUGUUUCAUGUUUGCUGUGUUUGCAUUCAAGAUCUAAGGUCCAAUAAUUUGAAAAUGAUACAGUGAAAGUUUACGUAGACGAAGAAAAAUUAACCGUUUUGUGAGCAAGGAAAUGUAUUACUUACUAUUCAACAGGUUUUGAUUUCAAAAUUGGAUUCGGACCCGAAAAGUUACCGAACCCUCCGAUAAACGAGCUCUCGAUGCCGUAAUAGUCUCCCGCGACCGUUUCUUGACCGCUUAUAACGAAAGUGGACGUUCGCAUAAAAAGACGAACAUUUCGCUUGGAAUGCAAAUAAUAAAGCCACUUUUGUCUGCACUACCUGGGAAACACAUAUCCUUUUUUGGGAACACAUAUCUCUAGUGAUAUGUGUUCCCCAACCUGGGCAAAACAUAUCACUUGUGAAAUGUGUUCCCCUACCUGAGAAACACAUAUCCCUAGUGAUAUGUGUUCCCCUAUCUGGGAAACACAUAUCCCUAGUGAUAUGUGUUCCACUACUUGGGAAACACAUAUUCCUAGUGAUCUGUGUUCCCCUAACUGGGAAACAGAUAUCCCUAGUAAUAUGUGUUUCCCUACCUAGGAAACACGUACCCCUAGUGAUAUUUGUUAACCUACCUGGGAAACACGUAUCUCUAGUGAGAUGUGUUCCGAUACCUGGGAAACACAUAUCCCUAGUAAUAUAUGUUCCCCUACCUGGGAAACACGUAUUCCUUGUGAUAUGUGUUCCCCUACCUGGGAAACACAUAUCCCUAGUGAUAUGUGUUCCUCUACCUGGGAAACACGUAUUCCUAGUAAUAUGUGUUCCCUUACCUGGGAAACAUAUCCUUAGUAAAACGUGUUUCCCCAAUCUAGGAAACACAUAUCCCUAGUAAUAUGUGUUCCCCUGCCUGAGAAACACGUAUCCCUAGUGAUAUGUGUUCUUUACCCGGGAAACACAUAUCUCUAGUAAUAUGUUUACCAUUACCUUAGAAUUAACAUCAGCUCUAUAUCUAUUCUAGUAUUAACAUUAGCUAAGUAUUAGCAUCAGGACAGUAUGAAAAUUAGAUAAGCAUUAGCAUCAGCUUAGUACUAACAGUUGCUCAGCAUUAGCAUCAGAUCAGUAUUAAUAGUAGCCCAAUAUUAGCGUCAGGUCAGUGUUAUCAUUAGCUCAGUUUUAACAGUGAUAGCCGGUUAAUGUGACAGGUAGCUCAGAAAGAAGGCACGUUCGUCAAAUCACAGUGAUCACUUCUCCGAAUAAGACGACACAGAAAGGUGUGUAGAAAGUUAGCUUUGUUUUGCAUCUUGCUUUCUUGAGGUAUAUAUAAAAAAAGCUUUGUUAUUGUAGCCCUGAAAGGUUAUCAGCUGAAAACUUUAAAAUGGUGCUAGGCUCAAAUCUCCUAACGGAAGUGUGACUGCACGACAUAUCUUUGGCUAUAGCUUUGAGUGUAUUACUAUAAGAUUCUUAAGUUUGAUCUCGUUGUUUUUGCUUGAUUGUCUAUAGCUAACGACUUAUUUUAAUGUGUCCAGUGGAUUGAGGGGUGAUGAAGGGAAGGAAUUAGAAACGCCCACCAAAACAUGCUUCUGUCCAUGAAAAUUGCCCAGUCAACACAGUCUUAAGUCGGGAAGUAACUCUCGGUCUAGUGUUAGGCCUCUUUCAAAAAUUUAUGUGACUCUAUAUCAGUAGCGCAAUUACUGGUCAACCAAUAGUUUUCAUUGUGACCCAGUAAGGUUAAGAAACCCAGCUGGGGGCAAAUCAGUUGGCCAUUUACAAUCGGAACUGAAAUGUUGAACUAAAAACUAGAACUAAUCCAGCUAAGCUAUUUGGUCCGGGAUUGAACUUGGGGACUCCGGAUUACAAUUCCAGCGCUCUAGCCGUUUAAUCACGCUGCCCCUCGCCAAACGCUACGUCAUUCGUGUGCCAGCGAACCAAGCCGAUGAAUUUGAUAUGGCAGAAGAUCAGCGGUUAGACUUUUAGCUACUUUGGAACAGGGCACCGUGUUAAGUUCGUCCAUCACAGAGCGGCAAAUAAUUCAUUCAGCGGUCUUCGCUUUCGCCGCGCCUAAUGAAGACAUUUCACUGUAUGUAUAUAAACUCCUUUCAUAAGUCAGAAUAUUUUCAGUUUUUUUCUCUCUCUCUCCUAGCCCCCCCCCCCCUCCUUCCCCAACCUUGUUCUUUCUUUUGUUUAUUCAGUUGUACUUAGCUUGCCAGCAAGCUUUCCAGGGCGCUCUGGCGGCGGGGUAGGAAAAGGAAGGCUGGCAACUAAGUCUCUGGAAAUUAAAUAGCUGCAUCGGGAAAGUCGAUGGGAAAUGAUGCUGAUUGGCGGAGAAGACGUAAGUAAUGACGUAAUUACCCUUGGCACGUGUUUUUCAAUGUUUGUUUACAUUUGCGCUCGUUUCCACUUUGCACUGAUUGGCGGAAAUCUGACAGCUCAGUCGACGGGGAGCCACGGGGGAAUUGGAGGUGGAAUUCAAGUUCUAGAGACGUAGUUGCCAGCGCUCCUUUCUUUCCUGUGAUAUGUAAGCUAACUAAAAAAAACGGGGGCAUUAUGUCAGGUCGCACGAACAGGAGAUAACUUGAAUCGGUGUAGAUUUUGGAAUUUCUCAGAUUCCUCCAGAGGAAAUCAAACCUAGUGACGAGGCUGUACCGGAUGGAGAGAACGAACAGAGCGAAGAAAACAGACCGAGUGAUAACAAUAGACCAACUGAAGAAAUUGAACCAAUUAAUGAUAAUAAUGCAAUUGAAGAAAAUGAACCAAGUAGAGAUGAUGAACCAAGUGAAGAAAACAGACCAAUUAAUGACGAUAAACCAAGUGAAGAAAACGAAAUAAAUAGUAAUAAAAAGCCAAGUGAAGACAACGAGCCAAUUGGUGAUGAUAAACCGAGUGAAGAAAGCGAGCCAAGUAGAGUUAAUAAGCCAAGCAAGGAACUAAUUGAAGAUGCACGUGCAAAGUUGUUUUACUAA